GUGAGAGACAGAUCCGGUGAGACAGUGAGCUGUAGAUUGAGUGGAAGUCGGUGGAGUCUCAUACUAUAUGACAGGCUUCGCUGCUCAUUUGUGGAGCGCAACUGGACAUCCAGCCUUGUAUUUUGUUUGUGUGUUUUUUUUUUUUUGCGCCUUCCUCUGACGGUUAUGUUGCUGGGAAUUUUUUGACGUGCAGCCACAGGUUGACCGAUUUAAUCCAGUCAACAUGGAUUACACCUCUUUAUCUGGGGUCGGUUGUCACUGACUGGAUUGAAAUGGGCACCGUCGAGAGAUCAGUGCUGAACGAGAAAGAAACAAACUGAGCUUAUCAAGUGAGCGGACACGGAGGCAAACAUCUGUGGGGGAAGCGACGCGCAAUCUCGAGACAAGCGAGGACCUGUGGAGGGAACCUAUGUGAGAGGAGGUGAAGCGAAAAGAUGAUGGAAUGGCCGUGACAACAUGAAAAAGAAAAAGUGUGGUGGUCUAUUUUCAUCCAGCCAGUGAUUCAAGACAACUAACCUGGGGGACAGGGACUGAGAGAGAAGAGGUAGGAGGUAGGUAGAGAAACAGACAGGGAGGGGGGCGUGAAGGUGUCUGAUUAUGUCAUACUGAAAGUAGGUUAUUGUUUGGGAUCAAUCAAAUGCAUAAAAAUACAGCCAACUAAUGCUAAACUAAGGUAUGCACACAAAGAGUACUUCCCCUGCUAUCAAAAUUGACCCAUGUGGCACGAUUACCCCCCCCAGUCUCUGUGCCUGAUCUCAUUUUCAUGGUGUAAAGCCAGAGGAUGUGCACCAUCCUUCUGGCUAACAACAGUGUAACACAGAUGACAUUUUAUGGCACAAAUGGCUGGAAGCAUUGUGGGAUGUGAGAGAAGGAGAGGACACUGGGUAACAGAGACACAGAGCGCUGAGAGGGGCUGACUGGGCAGCUGACUCAAAUGCGACUCAAGGAAUAACAUAUUCCCCAAUUAUGGCUACUUUUCUUCACUCUGCUGCACCUCUUUGUCACAUGUCUCCAGCUUUUGGAGUUCAGACUAUUCCCUCACGUCUUUUAACUAACUGUUAUCCAUCACAAAGCUCCCCCACUCCUCCCUCAAGCCAAUUUCUCCCUCUUCAUUACUGCGCUCAAUGAUAAAUAGUCUGUGCUCACUGUCAUUUUUCUCCUCAGUCAGUCUUUAUGAAGCUUCUCCUCUGUCUAUGUCUGUCUAUAGAAAGGUGCCUGGCCAUAGCUGUGACCAUGGAGCCUCCCCCCUCUCUGAGCCUGGCUCUGCUAGGAGGGAGCGAGGAUGAGGACCAGCGCUUCCUUCUACCCCUGGGCAGCAUAACCCAUCCCUCCACCACUGGCAACCAGCCAGGAUCAAACCACUCCAACCACAUGGGAGGAUCAAGCCUCGACCGUCUAAAUGGCAGCACCCCGUCCCCAUCUCCUGCCACGCCCAGCUUACCUCCAGCAUCGCUCCCCAAGUUGCCCCUCUCAUCCUCUGGAGGCCAGCCUCUGCCCCCACCCAUCCCAAACGCAUUGCACCCCACAAGCACCCCACUCUCCUCCUGCCUCGGCUCACAGCACAGCCUUAGCGGGGAUAACUCACCGGUCUACAACGCCCUCUUUUACUCCUCCCACUCGCCAUCUAUGGAGCGGGAGAGGGACAGGGAGCAUGACAGGGACAGGGACAGAGACAGAGACCGGGAGCGGGAGCGGGAAAGAGGGUGCAAACACAGACAGGCCAGCCCUCUGGUCCACCGCAGAGACAGUAACCCCUUCACAGAGAUCGCCAUGAGCUCCUGUAAGUACACAGGCGGGGUCAUGAAGCCCCUGAGCCGCCUCAGCGCCUCCCGUAGAAACCUCAUCGAAUCAGACAGCAGCAGCGAAACCAAAGAGGCUGGCGUUUCAGCUGUUGCUGGGGCAACGGUCGCUGGUGGGCAGGACCGACAGCGAGAAGCCCCGCCUACCUCCUUGUCGGCCCAGUCUUCUACCAACCAACCCUUAAUCCAGAGCCCACCAGAGAUUGUGAUAUCAUCCAAAGAAGACUCGCCAUACCCUAGAGGAGGGUAUGACAUCACAGACUCCACAUCCAAUCAGAUGUCCAUCUACCACCAGAACCACGCGCUCGUGGAGAGCAGGAGGGCGCAAACGGGGAGGAGCAGCAGGCAAGGAGGGGUCGGGGCUGUAGGCACUGGGGCCAGAGGCAGCACCUCCAAGGCCCCCAAACGAAAGAACCAAAAUAUUGGCUAUAAACUGGGGCAUCGCAGGGCGCUGUUCGAGAAAAGGAAGAGGCUGAGUGACUACGCCCUCAUUUUCGGGAUGUUUGGCAUCGUCGUCAUGGUGAUUGAGACAGAGCUGUCAUGGGGCGUGUACACAAAGGUGAGGAAACAGGCCUACAGGGAUGAUACCACAUGUGCACAUAGACACCACUUAUUUGGCUUUAUAAGUUCUAGAGCACAGAUAGGGAACUUGGGUCCCAUGUCAACACCCCAACCCCAACCCCCCACCUACCUACCAAGACUGCACAUUUAAAGACCCAAAAAUGAAACCUUGUCACCCUUACUAGUGGACACCAGAAUUACUCAUUCAUUAGAACAGCUGAUAACGUUCUUUUCAUGGUAGGCCUGUAAGUUCUGGUCAUAUGUUGUGUCCAAGCUUUAGCACAGCCACCUUCCACUAGCUAGGGCUGUAGCUCAAGUCACCCACAAAUGCUGUCAGUCUAUGAUAUUCUACUAUCAGGAUGUAAACAAGCACAGAUGAUUUAUGGCAUCUCAAAGCCUGGCAUGGUUUUGGCAGUUUUUAGUUUCAUUUGAAAUUGGAAAUAAAGUUGUAUGUUGACUUAGCCCUCACUGAGUGACAGGUACAGGUACAGGUACAGGCACGGCGAUGUGAACCUGCAGGGAGAAGCAAAGGCUGGCGGUGCUAGCUCUCUCUCUCUCACAAUGCCUCAAUCUGUUGCGCUAUGAUUUUAGGGGUAUCCUGAUACAACUUUUUUACUUCCGAUACGAUACCGAUAUUGUAGCCUUUAGUGUCGGCCGAUACCAAUAUUGAUCUGAUGUUGGCACAAACUUGUGCAUGACAAGUUUUGCACCAAGUUGCAAUGUCUUUUUGGAGCUUUAACAAAAAAUACUGCCACACAGUUGACAUCACUCCUCCUCCUUGCUACUUUGUUUGUACCUUUGGUACACACUGUUGUUGUGAUCACGUGGGGUCUACAUGCUGGAUCUGGGCGCUGCUAGCUAGAGGUGCCAGAGUGGAGUCUGAAAAUGGUUGUAUUGGAGUGCUAAUAUUGGAGAUUUUAGAUGCAGGCCGAUAUAAUCAGAUAUUUGUUUUUUGGCUGAUAUCGGAUCAAUAUCCGAUAUCAAUAUUGUAUCGGGAGAGCCCUAUAUGAUUUGACCAUUUAGUCUUCUAUCUACUCCUCAUAACUGGCCCAAGUAUAUAAAAUUUUAGUAGAGAUUUCAUGUAUCUUGUCUAACCAAGGCUGCUUGUGUCUCAACCUGACUCCUUCCAUUGUGGUUGCGGUGGUGUGCACAGGUGCUUCGUAAGUUAAGUUUGGUACCUCAUAAAAAUUUUCCAGGUCAUUUAAGUUUAAGUUUUAGUAAGUAAAAGUGACAGGAAAUAUAGGAGGUACGGCAUGAAUGAAAUGAUGUGAUGGAGGGCAUUGAACGCAACAGACCGUGAACAUGUCAUCAUCUCAAGUGUCGUGUUUUGGUUGAGAUGGGGACUAGGUAACAAGAAUCCACUUUCAGCUAUUUAUCACUGAAUUGCAUGACUGAUUCAUCCCACUCUGACCAUCAUGAUGCCCAUGUUGUAUGAGGGUUGUGCACUGUAACGAGCAAACUUGACAGUUGCCGCUUCUGAAUGAUGUAAUACAACAACGCAGAGGACAUGGGGUGGGGUGGGGUUGGGGGGCAGAUUAUCGGUACGAGGCCAGGAUCUCAUUUGUCUGUGUAAUGGGGAGUGUAAUAAGCUGAAUGGGCCCCUGGCUGCUUCUGUCUGUUUAUUUCGGUUGUGUUUGUGUAUAUGCUUGUGUGUGUGCCAAAGAAACCCAGGGAGCCUUGGAACAAUUGUGCUCACCUCAUGAUGCAGAUACUUUCCCCCCUUCUUUCAGUCCUUUCACACAGCAUUGCAUUUCCUUUAAACUAAUAAGGUGGACACACUUCUGGCUGUGAUGCAGUUUUUCAUACAUGGCCAAGUUAGAGAGGAAAUGACAGCAUGAGAGCACAGCUUUACAGGUAGCUCAUUAGAGAAGUCCAGCUCUGUGUGUCUCUGUCUGCAUAUCCCUCCAUCUCCGUUCCUGUUUGUGCUCUGUGGUCUCAAGUCCACACUUUGUGUCUCUUUCAAGGUUGGGAAAGAAGAACCUGUUCUGUUUUACUGGCUGUACUUUUGCCAACUCAUUACUUUACAUAAAAUUGUAGUUCUUGAGGCUAUGGCUUUUCAUAAAAGGGAAAUCAUAUUUUAAAUGUCUCUAAAUUCCUCCUUGUCUUUGCCCCCACUCGGUCGACCUAUUCGCCCGUUUGUAGAAGACAGAAGCCUCUUUAUGUGCUCCUUUUUUCUCUUUUUUUCCCCUUUCAAAUCCAUGCCAAUCCCCUUUCUUUCUUUCCUUUUUUCUUUCUUUCUUUCUUUCUUUCUUCCUUUCUUUCUUCCUUUUAUGCACCCCCUCUCUUACUCUCGCUCCCUCUGCUCUCCUGUGCUCUUCCAGUGGGCGUCAAACUGGGGGAGUGUGAUCGGAAGAGAGGAGAAGCGGCUGGGCGAGAAAUGAAAGGCUUUAGAAGGAGAGAAAAAAGGAAAGGCGAUAAUACAAAGCCUGAUUUAGGUCCUUGAGCCACAACUAAUGCAUUCUUCAUUUUCAAUCAGGAAACACUGUCCAGCAAUGAAAAAUGAUGGACAGCUCUUAAGUUGAAGAAAGGUGCAAAUGCUCUGAUAACUGAUUUGCUGUCAGCCCAUUAAGAUACCAAGUUAAGGACAGGAAGUUGGAUUUAAGGUAGAACAAGGUGCCUUAUUUCAUAAUUUCCUUCAGGCUAAUGCUUUUGAGAAAGAAUUUAGUCCCACAGCUGCGUCAGCAGCGCCUGAUCAACAUUCAUUUUUACAUGCAGAGUGCCAAGCUACAUAUUUUUUCAGUUUUUAUGGUUGCAGUUUUGGUUUGCCUCCAACAGAUACUGGAGUUCCAUCAGACAGUUCAAGCCCUCACUUAGAUAAUUGAGGUGGAAAGAAGCUCGCUGGUUUGUUGUUGGAAAAAAAAAAAAAAAGGAUGGAAAUCAUAAGGAUGAAAGAGAAGGGAAAGGGAGAUGGAUGUGUGGAUGGCAGAGUGAGAUGAGCAGAGGUUCAUGCAGUGCUUUAAAGCAGUCGAAGAGGAAAGCCUUGAAUGAUUUCUCCCAUUGAUUAUUGAUAAUCUCUCACCCACACAUGCACUGUCCACCCCGGCACACAUGUGCUUUACACAUUGAAAAUGGAUGCUGCCUCUCUCAGGGGCUGCUUAGUAUUGACAGAGGUUCUUGAUAUGUAGUGUGAGCGCUUGUAGCAGAAAUGUGAUAUGUGAAGAUCAUUUUUCAUUUCUCUGUAUGUAAACACACACACACACACACACACACAAUACUCUUUAUCACCCACACUUGUUUUAAAUGAUCUGUUUAAAUUCUGCCUUUGGAAAUAGAAAAUGAGUUUGUACUCUUUGGAAUAUUAAUUUUAACUGCAGUUGUUUUGUAGUUUGCAAAGCUUUUGAACUGGACUUUACAUAUAAACAUAAAGAGGUGUUUCUGAUAUUUUUAAAUACAUAAGAGGGGGAUAUUAUUUUUAGCACCUUUCAAAAUAAAGCACUUCAGAAGAACACUACCACCCACUUUGACCUCAAUUAUACAGUAGAAAUAUUACCUUUUUGGAAACAGAAAAUCAUCUGCAUCUCAAUGUAAAAGCUGUUGGUAUCGGAUCAUAAUGCCAGUGUGUGUGUAUGUGUGCAUGUGUGUGUUUUUACCUAACCAGCUGCUCUAUCUCUCCUCCAAAAAUAGAGAUGAAGAAUAAGAAUGGAACUAAACAGGGUGGGUUGUAUGGUGCAUGUGUGUGUGUGUGUGUGAGAGAGAGAGAGCGUGUGUCUGUUUUUAUGUGUGAGGAAGAAUAAAGAGAGAGGUUAACAGAGGAGGACAUGGUGUUCGUGACUGUGGGUUCAGUGACUAAGCAUAUGUAUAUUCAUGUGCAGAAACAGAUUCAAACCCUGUCAGCACAUUCUGUGGCUACAGCUGACAUUUUCAAUUCAUUGUAACAUAGCCUCCAUCCUCAGUUUUUAUCUUGUCCAAAUCAGUCAGGUUCAAGACACAGUCCAUGAACUAAGCCACUUAUGAGAUUACAAAGAUACAUUUGCAGGGAACAGAGCGGUAUUUAUGUUCGUUAUUUCAACAGAGAAGGGAAAUAAACAGUACACUUUCUUGUUAUUUCAACUUGUGAGAAAUUUAAAGGAAUUUAUGUUACUUUAGACUCCAAGUUGACCACAUUUAUGAAUGUUGAGUUCUGUGCACCACGACAUUUAAAGCUCUGAUGAGGAGUUUUGUGUGCGCAUUUGUUUUGUUGCCCCUUGUGGACAAACCUUUUUAUGCUGAUCUCGUCCUGUGCAUUCAGAGGCAAAAAAGAAAUCCUUCUACUGCCUCUUAACCGUCAAAGAUAUCAAUUAGACUCAGUAAUUACAGUAGAAAUGUUGAGGAAGGCUGUUUCUUCCAUGUGCUGCCAAUCAUCCUGUCUGACACCUACACCCUCACAGCAGUUAUACAUACAUGAAAAAUUACAAUAUGGAAAAAAAAAGUCUGAUGGUCUCAUUUACUUUUGUGUGUCUUAUAAAAGACAUCAUUGCUGAUAUCAGUCUUCUUCGUGACUAGUUUAUGUUUCCUCAUGGGAGCUUUGAGUGGGAGCAUCCUUCAAAUUAGAGUACAGAAUAUUUCUUAGAGGCCUAAUGUGUGGUGUAUGUAACACCCUUAUUGUGCUUAACAAUGUCAGCUCUUAACUGCAAAAGAAAAAUAGAUUUAUGAUGAUUUUAUUUGAUAUACCAAAACAGAAAGUUGACAAUUUUGCAGUGGAAAGAGAAGUAUGAGAAUGAAUUCAGGAUUAUUUACAAGUUAAAUAGAGAGAGCUUUGAUGUUCAGCCCCUUACUGAGAUCACAUGGCUGCCCCCCAGGUUAAAUUUAGCAUUCAGCUGAUUUCUACUUUUUGCACUUUGUUAGACAAACGGCAAAAUAUUUUCCUAAAUACAAGGUUUGAACUCUGCAAAGGUGGAAAAGUCUAAGACGAAAGGAUAAAGAGGAUAGGUUGAAAGCUUACACAAGCUAAUGUACAAUAUUGUUUCACUUUCACCAGCCACUUUUGUGCAGAACAAGGAUUUGUCCUGUAAUGAUACUCGCAUAUCAAAUUUCUCCUCAGGGAUAAAUAAAGUUCUUCUUAUCUUAUUUAAUAUAGUUCUGGAUGCUAAACUUCAUUUGUAAAGGAGUAUUUUUUUGUAUUCAUGUUCUAUAUAUUAUUUCUACUUACUUAAUGCAUCUAAAUAUUUUAUGCGCCAUUGCUAUUCAGUGCUCCUAGCAGGGUUGAUGAAUUCUUAUACUGCAAAUGUCAAAUCCUAGUCGUCGAGCUGAGAUAUACUAUAUGCAAAGGGACCAUUAAAUGAAGAAAUAAUUCAUGUAUGUAAAAUAGUUUCAUUUACUCUCAGGCAGAAUUGUGAGAUUUUCCACCUAGAGCAUCUAAGACAGGAGCCAGGUUGAGUCCUCCAUGUUUCUGAAUCUCCAUGAUUCAUUUUUAAAGCGUCUGUAUUUUUAACCCUUGUUUUUCAGGCCCCUUUUCCUAAUAGAUGCACCAGUUUGGCCGAGGACCUUGACACAGUUCAUAGUUAACUGCGGUAUAAGAACAGAUCCUCUUCAAAACACUUUUUAUGAGCUUCUAUUAUUGAUUUUAUUGGGAGAGGGUUAAAAGGGAGGAGGGCCUUGCCUGACAUGUCUCUAUCUGAGAAUAACUGAGACCUUCGGACACCUGGGACCUUAGCAUGUGGCCUGUCACUGUCAGAUCGAUAGAUCAUUUCACAAAGGCCCAUGUGGCUCCUUGGGGGCCCCGGCUCCAUGCCAUGUUUCAGGCCUACCGUGGAGCACGGCUAUUCUGAGAAGGCACACAGCUGCUGUCAACUUCACCUGUCACACUGUCAAUACACUAACUUGACACCUAUGGGUGUUAUUUGUGCAUGUGAGAGUUAAAGGGUUAGGUGUCAUAUGUGAGUGCAGACACACUUCCUGUCUCUUUUCUGUCACAAGUAUCGAUUACUUCAUAGACAAGAAGCUGUGAUUACUUCACCUGUUCCUUUUGUACCAGAGCCAGUAUUGAAAUUUCCUCUGAUUCUACCAAAAAUGGGCUAUCUGGUAUCAAGAACUGAGUUUAAGUUACAUUUAUAGCUCAAAUAUGCCGGUCAGUAAACCAAUCAGGUACACUGACUGUAUAUAAAGAUGUGCCUACACGACGUUGUGCAAAAGUAAAGCCAAAAUCGCAGUGAGAGCUGGCAUACUGCCCUGACGUUAAUUAGAGUCUGAGUCCACACAGUCGGGACCCACUGGGUAAAGCCUGUUUGAUCUCAGUAGGCCUUUCUGCCUCAUAACGGACUCAUGAGAUGGUUUGAAGUGGACACCUGGGGUUGGGGAACAUUUAAUGAAUCUUGUGUUAGUUUUUGUCAUGUUUUCUUUCACCUUUCUUCCGAUCUUUGGCUAAUCCACUUCAUGGAAUGUUGCAGCAGCCAUAUUCAUCAUCAGACUUGUCGAUCAUGUCAUCAUACACCAUUUAAUAAAAUCAAAUAUCUAACAAAAACCAAACCUCACUCAAGGUGGUGAUGGCUAAGAGGUCUAAGCACCCCAAAUAUGGAGGCUUUAAUCUUUAGCAUUCUUCAUACUACAUUUGAUCAUAUCAGGACUGCAAGUACAAUAACCCUGAAUUUCCACCGCAUCCAGAACUGCGACGUCCCCCAAUUCCUACCAGAUCCGUUCGUGAGGCAAAUUACGGACAGUGGGAAUAGCGAGAACUCACAAGGACCUGCGGAUUCACUUGCAAUCGCGCGAUAACGAGUUGUCUCUAUAGCCACAUAACCAUAUAAGCAGUAGAUUGUUUCCUUCCAGAGGAGAAAAUCCACUUCUACACUUUUAGAAUCAGCAUCUCCUCAUCCAUGGUGUCACCAGGGUGGAAUGCUGUCUAAAAACCUUUAACUUGUUCAUCCCCGCCCGUUUGCAUGGUGUGAAAUACAAUCCGCCGGAGUGUUUUAUCUUGAAAAGAAGCUGGAUGUUUUAUUUUGUGUCUCUGCACGAAUUCCUUUCCAGCACGAGUUAAUCUGUGCUGAAUUUAUCCGGCAUGCUCCGGUGUCCAUAAAAAAUAGAACUUUUGUGAUCAGCUUUGGAGUCCGGCGAUCUGAAGCGGAACGGAAAGAAGCUGGUGGAAUUAGACACAUUAACUUGAAUGGUUACGAUCAGCUGCGAUCGGCGGAUACGGCCUUUUCGCAGCCGUUCCGUAUGCGGUGGAAAUUGCGGGUUAGCAGUUUGAAUACAGCACAGAACUUUAUUAUAUGACAAUUUUAUUUUAUAACAACAACAGUGUGGCAAAGGUCCAUAGUAGAUUGUUAGUAGGUAAGAGCCGGCAGAGCAAUAGUGAUGGAAUACAGAAUAAUGCAGACGUAUUGUCUGAUACACAAGGUCAGACAUCAGCUUUGGUCAAAGAGAGACAAAGUUGUACUGUCAGAUUUCUGCUUGCUGUAUGCCUCCAUGUCCUUCCUCCCUUUCUCCCUCCUUUCCUUCCUAUCUUUCUCCCUCAGGCCUAGCGUUUACAUCCCUCCCGCUGGUCUUAAAUACAGCUCCAUAUCCCCAAAGGGUUCACUGCCAUCCCAGCAGGCGUACAACAUCAACCUCCCCCCUCGCUCCCCUAUCUUUGACAUUUCUGGCAGACAUUUACUGGUUGACCUUUGCAGCCCUUUCUUUGCAAGGACACUUACAGUGGCUGCGUACCGCUGCUCAGACUGUACGAGGGGAUCAUCUGGGAAUUAAACUCACCAACUGCCACCAUAUUCUAUCAGCCAUCUCAGCACUUCUGCAGAGCUCUCUCUCCGUCCCCCUUCCUCCUUCCUCCUCCUCCUCCCCCUCUUUUCCUCCACUCCCUUCCUCACUCUCUUCAUCUUCUAGAUCACAGGCUUCUAAAGGGAUGGCAGGUCCCAGGGGUCUUGCUACUAACAGGUACAAAUAUGCUCAUUUCUUUCAGUGUAACAAGGCUGGGCUAGCUGUCUCCGUAUGUGUGAGUGUGUUGGUACACAUGGGUGUGUUUAGACUUGCAUCAGCCGGCAGUAACACAACAUUCACGUCACUAAGUCAGUUCCUAUGAGUAUACACACCUAUGGAGCGCGUGUCUUUAUAUCCCUGUCAUAAUGGUACACGUGGAUGCACCUGCUAUCUGUGUUUGUGCGAGUGUAUGUGGAUUCACAUCUGCCUUUGUCCGGAUUUAAUGGAGUGUGUAGGGCAGUAAUGGUGUGUCAAUGUGCAGUCAUGUGUGUGUGAGUGUGUGUUUAUCCUGGUGAGGUGACAUCUCUCCUCUGUCUACUGCCUGUUUCCCUGGAGACUGAUUGCAUGGAGGCAUCACCUCGCAGGGAGAGACCCCCAAGGCUAACUCAUUACAGACACACACACACACACACACACACACUUAAAUGCAUUACUGUCAUGUGUAUGGGUAACUUAUCGCUUCAAGAGUAAUGUGUUGUAAAGCAAAGUGUAUUUGUUCUUACAUCUGUGUCAAUAAAGGUGAGAUGGGGACAACUGGGGGAACCCUCAUCUGGAAACCAACAGGUUUUGUUUUUAUGUGCGUGUGGUGUGUAUGUUUGUGUGUGUGAAUGUCUGGGUUGUCUGGGAGUGUGUUUGCUUAUGAGUAAGCAAGGUAUUGACUGAGCAAGUUGGGAUGAGGGUAAGAGUUGGGCAAAUUCACAUUUUUAGUCAAUGUUCUGUCCCCAAAAAGUGGUGUGUGUGUGUGUGUGUGUGUGUGUGUGUGUGUGUGUGUGUGUGUGUGUGUGUGUGUGUGUGUGUGUGUGUGUGUGUGUGUGUGUGUGUGCUAAUUGAACUUAAAGAAGCUUAAAAAGCUUGUUAGCUCUGCAUGCUUCACACCAAGCCCUUAAUCAAUACACACUAAUCAUACACUUACGCACAGCGGGACAAAAAAGGGGAAACAGCACUCAUACACAUUUGACACAUGUACAUGCUGACACGUUUAUAUAUCACAUGUCAGGAAUAGUUUGAAAUUUGUCAGUAUAUGACUUGCUAAAGAAUCUAUCCACUAAUAGGAUUUCUUAGUUGGUGUAUUUUGUAGAUUGUUGAUGCGCCAUUGUUGAUGUGUCUAUUAUUUAGUUCAGCAUUUGUCAAUGCCUAGAGUCUUAAGAGCAGAAAGAAGUUCAACUUUUGGAUCAUAACCCUUAUCACUUUGGUUUCUGUUGCAAUACUUUUAAAUGAGAGUAUUUGCACCAGUACUUUUACCUGUACACUUCUGGUUGCCGGGCAACUUCUGUGUAUGGACAAGAACCCUGAAAGGUACUCCGGUUGUCUGUUUUUAGACAAAAGAUAGUUACUCACUGAGUGUGUUUGUUGUUCAGAGAGAACUGAAGUCAAAGCCUGGCUGAGCUAUAGUAUAAUCUCCACUGUGAAACCACAGCUUGUCAUUAGCUGGAUAGUCAACAUGCAGACAAGAGAGUGGUAUUGAUCAUCUUGUGUUGUGAGUCAGCAUAUUUGACUGAGUGAACACAGUUGGACAUCAAUGUAACGUCAGAGGAGCUGGAGUCUAGUUAGGACAGGUGUUGAAUUCUGGUCUGAAUGAAUAUUUGGUCGAUGUGAAAACCAACAUAGUUCAACAUCAACAGAGGUUUAAUUUUCAAAAAGUAUUUGUUUUAAUACUCCAAAUCCCUUUUUUCACUGUAAUUUUCAAAGUCUGAUAGACCGCCCUAAUGUGUUUGUCAAAGGCAGGAUCUGUAUUAAAAUCAAUAAAAUGGACCGUGUUACAAUAAAAACAAUUUAAUGAAAACACAAGCACGUCCAAAGCUCAUGCUUGUGUGCAUGUACAGAAAUUGUACACAACAGCUCAAAACAAUUUUUAAGCCGACAACUGUGUAGAAACUCACAGUGCUACUGUCAUCCAAACAAGCCAAUGAUCAGAACCAUGGACAGCAGCCAUACAGAAAAACAUUAAACUACACUAGUUUAACAGUCUGUCUAAAACAGCCUGAUUUCUUUAAACUACAUUACAUCUGAAACAGCUGAAUACCACAGGUGGCUCGCUUUGUACGUGUUGGCGAGCGUAAAACACACAUCCAAAAGAAAAGCACAGGAGCUCAGACUCAACCAGGAAAAAGGCAAACAAUUCAAGGGUGUGUGCUUGUCCCUCUUUAACCUCAUUCACUGUGAUCGUCGCUGCUUCUGGACUAUUGUUUACUAUUGUUUAAAGUUGUUUACUUUUAUAGCUAGUCUAUGAUGAAGUUCCUGAUAAUGGUAGACAGACUUCGUAAAUAAAGUUGGAAAGACAAAAGAGCAAAACUUUUCAUCACAUGAAUAAAACAUGUCAAAAGGAUCUCCAAAAUACAGAUACAGUCAGUGAAGUACAUGAUCAUAUUCUUUAUAUUCUUCAUACAUCUAUACAAUACAGCACAGCAAAACAGCAUAUCAAAAAAGUUUCACCAACCAUAGACUUUUUAGGAAUUGUAUUUUAUUUUAUUUUUUUCUAAAAAAGAAAAAAAAAAAAAACUAUUUUUCUUCUUUUUUAAUAAAAUUUUGUAAUAUUUGGACACAAUUCUUGACAUUUUGACAUUAUUCUUCAAGUGAAUCCAUCAGAAAAUAUUUGCAUCUCUCAUUUUUUCCUCAUCUCUUGCCCUCAAACUCCACUGUAGUCAGGGUGCUCAUGUCAAAGAUGAAAACUGAGGACAUUUUCUGCAUAAUUUCGUCUCAUUUGAGUUAUUUUUGUAAACCCAGGAUACGAUUCUUUGCAAAGCCUUGUUUUUAUUACAGUGAGCGAUAAUGUUUUUGACAUGCUAUGUUUAGUUUGUUUUUUAUUUUUCAUUUGUUUUUGUGAAACCAUUUUAGUUUGUAUAAUAAAUCACAGUAACCCACUCAGGACUGAUCUUCACAACAGUUUCAUAAAUAACAGUGCGCUUAAUGUCCAAAAGGUGUGAAAGAAGAAUUUAAUACCCAACUUUGUAUAUGCCCCUUAUAUACUGGCAAAGCAUUAUAGCAGCAGGAAUAGUGUAUAUGUAAAAUACAACUAGGAGAGUGUGCGUUAAAACAAAUAAAUCUCAGGAUAUAGCCGAUUAUGUUGCACAAGAUCUUGCAAAAAAAUGUCAGGGUCUUGUGAAACAGAAAAAUAUUUUGUCUCCUUUUCCCUUUAGGGGCUUUGUUGUUUUCUUGCUCAAAUGUUAAUUUGACAGAAAACCAACAGGAAAUUAAGUUUUUUUUAUUCACUGAUGUCACAACCUUCAUUCAACCAAACAUCAAUUUCCAGUGUUGCUCAGUGGUAGGUUCUCCCGUAAUUUCCAUAUCUUUGCAGUUAAGCUGAAACACAAAAACAUAUAAAAGAAUAUUAUGCGCUUCCCAUCCAAAAUAAAACAAUAUGUUGAGAUGUCCCCAUCAUAUGCAGUUUGUAUGAAACCUUUUGUGCGUCUGCUCCUCUGAUUUGAAAUAAAAGCCAUCCCUGUCUUUAUUGAGGUAUGAAAACAGCUUCAGCCUCUCUGUCGCUAUAUUUAUCUAGGAUUUCAGAACAGGUGCAUCAAUUUAAUACAGCAAACAUUGGUAUAAGAGGUGUCCUGUUACUAGAAAUACGUCAACCACUGCAAGCCAGCGAAAAUACAGACUUUUCUCUGCUUAUGAUUUAAACAAGAGCGGUGAUAAACAAAACCCAGGCAUGAAAACACACCCAUGCCCUUCACAGUUUUUACAAUACAGGUAGAUUAGACGGUGAGAACAGGCAGAAAAAUGCUCUUGAUUGUGUGUAGGAUAGAAUUUUUAAAAUACCCAGACAGACAUCAGGCAGAGGAGUUUGACUCUAAAAACCCCUAAUUCAGCUCAACCCCACUACUCUGUCUUUCAGAGGGCUGAAUUUUGAGGUUGUAUUUUUCUCAUUAUUCAAUGUUGGCUUCUCCUGCUCCUGGCUCGCUUCAGUGCGUACAAAUGAGAUGUUACAAAAGGAGGGAGGAUACAUGAGAAAGUGAGCAAAUGAAGAGAAAAGCUUUAAAGCCGUGGGCAACUGAUGGAUGAAAUCAGAGGAGAGCCAAAGCGAGAUGGUAGUUUCCCAGUGUUGUGCAGUGGCCCUCGACCACAGUUAUCUGAACAGCACUGCCUCAGUGUUCUCCUGGCAUGUGUGUGUUUUUAUAUGUGUAUGUCUGUGUGUGUGUUGGAUGCUAGCAAAGGCGCUCAAUCUAAUAUUUGAUCCUCUCAGAUUCUGAAUAGAAGAAGAAGAAGAAAUGCUCAGCAAAGGAGGAUGUCUGGGAGGAUUAACCAUCUAGACUAUGUGUGUGUAUUUGUGUCUGUGUGUGUGCGUGAUGUUGAAUUAAUACCAUUAAGGCCAUGAAGACUUUACACAGACCCUAAAUAGACACACUAACACACUAACACACUAACACACUCUAUUUUCCAGGAGGCUGACUUGCAAUAUAUAUUCAUGAACCCAAAAUGCAAUGUAGAUUGUGCUUAAUAACAUCAUGGAGGAAAGGCAGAGUAAUGUGUGUCUAAACUGGGAGUGCAGCCUCAGAUAAAACAAGAGUGAUUGGCGAUGAAUGCUUAAUAAGAUCCUACUUAACAGGCCAAAUAUCUGAUAAGUGAUGCUGCUGUCUUUAGGUAGCUCAACUCUUCCUCUUGAAGAGACAGCAGGCGGUUGUCUUCAUCUUGCCCCCUCUGUGAACUCAAGUAUGAAUGCACUUCAGGGGUUUUCUGUUAUAAUCUUGCAUUCACAUUGUCCUUGAGUUGAUAUGGACAAAAUGGAUUGAUUUGGUUAGUGUGGCUUUCAGAGUGAAAGAGACUGAAAGCUGUUAAAAAAUACUCAAACUGGAUGUUUUUUUCGACUGCUGAUUUUUGACAUUCUUUGUCUGUGUGCAGCUAUUUUCACUUUAUGGAUUGGGAAGCCCCCGACACAAAGAGACACAAAGCCUUCAGUUCGCUAUGAAUGUAUGACACCUCAAAACCUGGUUGACUACACUUAAAAAAAAUAUGUACCGGGGGCGCGCAGAUGGCCGAGCAGGUUAGCGUGCCCCACAUAUGGGAACCACAGUCAGUCUGGCCCUGACCAUGUGCUGCAUGUCCUCCCCCAUCUUUCUCUAUCUCCCCAUAUUUCCAAUCCGUCCUGUCAAUAAAGGCACAAAAAAAAAGAAAAGAAAGUAGGAACUUUAAAAAAAAAAAAAAAAAAAGUACUGUCCUGGGUCCUGUUUUAAAAAAAUUUAUAAGUGUGGCAGUAAUGAAAAUUUUCCUUUUUACAGAGAAUAAAAAAACAAAACAAACCCAACAGUGAUUUUUUUUACCAGCAUGUUUUAAUUACUUAGCAAAAUCCUUAUAUCUGAUCUGGUCUUGAUUGAACAGAAUAUCAUCGUUCUUUUCAUUUUUUCAAUGCUUUUUUAUGUUGUAGAGAUUUUUUUUCCUUUUGAAUUAUAUAGUAGUACUAUGAUUGUCUUGUGUUAUCUUGGAUUGACUUAGUUCCAUAUGUUUGAAAGCGUGCUAUAGUUAUGAUAGUGUGAGACUUGAAUAGAUAAAAAAAUAAUGGUCCACAGGAUCAAGAGUCCACAGCCAGACUGUAAGCCCUGUAAUGCUGCACUUAGGCAAGUUAAGUGGUGCUUUGCAAAAUGCUCACAUCAGCACUUUAAAACGCAUCCAGUGAUAGUGCUUGCAAUUUUAAUUUCUUAGAAGGUAAAAUAUUAAAAAUCCCCAGCUAAAGCUGAUAGGCAUAUUAAGCUUAAAAGGCAAUUGGUCAUACACCAAGGUUUUUGAAAAAUAUCAAUGUGUCGUAAAUGCUUCAUUAAAUUUAAAAAACCAAGAAGGAGGGAAGCAAAACCCACACUCAAAUUUAACAGGCUAUAAUCUUUUAAAAUUAUUAAUUUAUACAGUUUAAAAAAAAUCACUCCACUUCCACAGCAACGCUUCUAUGUCAGUGGAUCCGUAUGAUCCUCCUAAGGAAAUAACAUUAAGUGAAUAUUUAAAAUCACUGCAGUGAUAUUUAACUAAACAUUUCCACUGAAGUCAGAUGAACAAGGUGAAAGGAACUUCUGCAGGAAUAUUCAUGUUGACGUCACUGUCCUCAUUCAGCUCUCCUUCUUCUCAGUGAUUUGCUGUUGACUCUUCUUUUUAACAAAAUGAGGCAAAGACAUAACUUUUAAUAUUGUCACUUAACACCGCCACUCGUGAUUCAAGCUACUCUAUAGUGAUUGUCAGCUCAAAGAUACACUCACUGGUUAAAGUCCAGCUGCUCAUUAUUUAAUCUCUUUUUUUAAGGACCUGUCUGAGACAAGAACUGUUGUUUCUGCCUCUGUGUUUACAGAUUUUGGAUGCUACCAGACCAACGUGUCAGGCACAUGGAAAAGCAAACUUGUUGUUGGACAGUUCACAGUUUGAAGCAGUUCUGAGCCAGCACCGAUGCCACUCUGGCGGGAAAAGGUUACAUGAGGGUGAUUAGCCCCCAUGCCCUCCCUCUGAGUACACUACUGGUGCUAAACUUCUUCAACCCUGACAUUUAGGGAUUUCUCAAUACAACUUUUUUACUUCUGAUACAAUAUCAAUAUUGUAGCCUUCAGUACUGGCCAAUACUGAUAUUGAUCUGAUAUUAGCACAAACUUGUGCACGACAAGUUUUGCACUCAGCUGCAACGUCUUUUUUGGACUUCAACAAAAAAUACUGCCAUAUGGUCGGCAUCACUCCUACUCCUUGUUACUUUGUUAGUACUGUAGUACACACUGUUGUUGUGAUCACGUGGGCUCUACCUGCUGGACCCCUGCUGGAUAGAGGUGCUGGAGCAAAGUCUGGAAUGGAUUGCUUGUAUCUGAGUGCUGAUAUGGAAGAUUUUAGGUGCAGACCGAUAUAAUCCAAUAUUCUUUUUUUUUUUUGGCUGAUAUCGGACCGAUAUCCAAUACCAAUAUUGAAUCGGUACAUCCCCACUGACAUUGCCUUGGUUGUUUGGAUUAAUCACCAAUUUUCAGGGGUUUUGACCUACCAGGAUCAAGUAUUUAACACAGUAUGGUAUUUUGAAAGGAAGAUGAGUGAUAAUGAUAGCUAAAAGAUCACUAGACUGUAAUUAAAGUGUGUAACAGUUUUCCCAGUUCAUCCUAUGAGACCCAAAACUCAUCUACAAAAGUUUCAUGGGAAAAGAUUCAAUAUUUCCUUGGAAAUGUUCAUUAAAACCUAAUAUCUGCCUGCUGUUAUCUUCAGUAUAAGGUCAGUAAAAUCACCCUACUAGAGACUCUGAUUGUCUGUGCAAAAACGACGGAAAAUGACAUUAGGUAUGCUGAUGUUUAAAAGUUUUACAAAGUAAUCUCAGGCUUUGAUUUGCGAGUGCCAAGAAUGAAAAUCAGAAGAUGGUUUACUUACAUUCUCUGGAAACAAUAAAUAUAUGUCUGUGAUUUACACAGAGUCAUCAUUUUACCAGAGUCAGGAGUUGAAACGUUGUAUGUGAUGCACACAACUACCCUCUUUCAAAUAAAUCUUGUGCUUCCAUAAAUAUUUUCAGUGGUGGACCAAAGGAAAAGAAAAUAACAAACAGAGCAGUCAACACAGACUAACACAGAGCCUCGAGCUGUACCUCAUGCGUGGAUAACAAGGUUUUCUGAUGCAUGACAGAUUUGGAUGAGGUGAAAGCAAAAAAAAACCGAGGUGAAGUGAUGUAACAGAUCCUCCACUGAAUCUUGUUUUUGUUUGAAUACCAGGAAGCUUCAAAGGGCAUUAAUUCACUCAUGCCUCAUGAACUCUCUCCUCCCAAAUAAAAAGAGCGGUGGUUUUAUACUUUCACGGUGUUCUUUCUUAUUACUUCGACUUUUUUUUUGCCAUGAAUAACCUGUGAUACUUGUUGGUCAGGUUAAUUUUCCGUUCUAGCUUUUGCACAUUUUGCAUUCCUAAGUAAACAAAUUUGUUAUAAGUGAGUCCUGCAGAACAGCUCCUAAAAACAGUCAGUAUUUUUCCAUUUUUAAACCAUCUCUCUAAAGGUACAACAGAGCGUUUCAUGUGUUAACGAACUAAUCUGGGAGCGUGUUUGUGUCUGAAUGUGUGCACGUACCCGAGAUGAUUCGAGCUGAGCUGUUCUCUGAACAUGUUACGUGAUGGGGGUUAAGAAGCCGUCCAAGUGUUACAAGUUGUAUUGAUCGGAAGUUCCCCACUCCAUUGAUUAUAAGUCCUAUGAAACCAGACAAGCAGAGGAUUUAAGGCCUGACUUCAGAGUGAUAUUGACGGGCAGAACACUGCCGCUCUACUUCUGGUCAGCUUUGAAGGUCUGUUGUGUAAAUGUUUGCUCGUAUUGUCUUAACUGAGCCACUGGUGCUGUAGUUCAUGAACCAUUAACUCGUUUUAAAACUGCCUUGAGUCGAGCCAAACUCCUGAAGAAAAGGUGAAUGAAAACGACUCUUUUUAGGAGAUCCCUUCAGAAAUAACACGACUAUGAUGCAUGUUACUAAGACUGUGUGUGUUUUUUCUCUCCUUACAGAGCUCGAUGUAUUCGCUGGCCCUGAAGUGUCUGAUCAGUCUGUCCACCGUCAUACUGCUGGGUCUCAUCAUAGCGUACCAUGCACGGGAAGUUCAGGUAAAACACGCAACAUCACACAAAGCCGAUGAAGUUAAGGCUCUGGACUUUUUAUUUUUACUCAUUUCUGUCUUAGGUUUGAUGUUAGUUUAAAAGAAGAGGAUGAACACCUCUAUAAUAUCUGUGAGUUUUGAAAUGAAGAGCUGAUGUCAGCCUGUUCUGGUCAUGUGUCAGGUUGUCAUUGAUGAUAUUUUCAACCCAUGGCGCCUCGUUUGAGUUUUGUGUCCAAGAAUGUGAAGCACUAAAAUCUAGGGCUGAAAUGAUUUCUCAAACAAAUCUCGUAACUCGAUGAUUAAGCAACCUUGAGGCAGAUUAUUUGCCUCCAGGCUCUUGUAAAUCUUUACAGCUAUACUGCUCAAUGUAUUUAAAGAGGUUUGCAGAAUUCUGACCAUAACAACUAUUGGAUAGAAGUGCUGAAGCGCCUCACAUGCUUAACCCAAAUAUACCCGCAAUAUGACACUAUAACACUAAUCCAGCAAAUUAAAUUAGCUACAUUUUUAAUUAAUUAACUAAUUGAUUGAAUUUUUAACAUGAUAAGAUAUCACAUCAAUAUCAGCCGGCUGAGCUGAGAGUGAAAGAGGAAGGGAGAAUCGUGAGAUUAUUUUUAAGGUGACCAGUGUUUACAGACAUGUAGGGUUAUCUAGUUAUCCACUUUUUUAUUUUAUUUUCUAUUUGUUUAUUUUUAUUUUUUAGAAAAGAUAAAUGUUUUCAUUGUCUAAAAGCCCAAACACUCAUUUCCUUUUAAAUCCUCCUACCCCUCCUGUCACUCACUAAUUUUCAGUGUUGUGCUCACACUCCUGUUUACCACUGCGCUGACACAAAAGUUGAGUUCAGCUAGUUCCUCUUAUUCUUUUAAAAUAAAUGACUCCUUUUUCUUAAUUUUGUUGAGUAAACUUGACAGUGUGUCAGUGCUCAGCUCCCAGUGGUUUUUCCCCAUAUAAGACUUUUUGCCUGAGGUGGCACAACUCAAGCACAGACAUAUGUGUGUGUGCACACUGCACUCUGGUUAUUAGCAUUUAUCCUCUCUGUCUUCAUUAUUAAAACACUAUCAUCAUUGAUGUAAAAGUAUAAUACUUUGUGAUUGUUGUAAUGUACAAAACAAACUACGUUAUAUGGUAUAGUAUAUUCAGUACGUAAAUGUGCAUUUGCAAGUAAAAUGCUACACUAUGUAUAUAUUUUUUAAGGCUUAGCAAUGAGCAUGAUUUUUUUAGGUGAGGGAAAAAUUCAAAAUAGUGAUCUCACUAUCAAAGCAUGGAGAUAAUGGCGCCUCCUUAGGGAAUGUUUACAAUGAAAGCACAAGCCAAAUGAAAUAAAAAUCAGCAUUUCAGAAUAAUUCUCAUCCAUGUGUACCCCUGGUUGACUUUUAAAAAAUGAAUAGAUAAAUAUAACAAUGAGCCAGUUAUUCAAAGAGCAAUAAAUCCCACUCUAUUCCAGACCCAUUCACCAACUUACACUGGUGUGGUGAUGCCAAGCUGAAUUCCCUGCUUUAAUCUGGUCCAAAGUAGCUAGCUGGGUUUACAUGGAGCCUAAUAUUCUGAUUAGAAUUGGGUUAGAAGCUCAAACUGAGUAAAAAUGCCCCAUAUGAACACCCCAAUUUAAAAUGAACAGGCUGAAGCCAAAUGGAAUUUCAGUCGGCUUCACAGAGAUAGAAUAUUUCUUUCCCAAACUGAUUGAAAGUAAAGUUUUGUCAUGUAGGUGGUGAAACGGAAAGUUGUCAGUCUGUGUUCUGUCUGUGCAUGCUCCGUCUUGACGUAAAUGCGCAGUGACGUUUACUCACUUGAAAAUGUGGUGGCUUCCAAACAGAGCACAUAGAACAGGUAGAAUAGGUCACACAGAAUAGGUCUGCGGCAAAGAGAUUGUUUUUCAUACCAACUCUCAAGGAACUAAUCAUUAUAGCAACCAUAGACAGCAGGAAAUGAAAUAUUGAACUAUUAAAAAAAAAAAACUCCUCUGUACGCAUUCUCCUCUUCAGUACCAGAAUGAAAAAAAGUCUGUGUGUAAACCUGACUAUUGUGUGUGUGUGUGUGUGUGUGUGUGUGUGUGUGUGUGUGUGUGUGUGUGUGUGUGUGUGUGUGUGUGUGUGUGUGUGUGUGUACUCACUUAGUAACUAAAUUGGCAAUCUUGAAUCUUUACAUGUUGUCAAGAAUAAUAAAUGUGCAGCUUCUUUUUCAAGCUUCCCAUCUAACCAUGUCAGCAGUGAAGGACUUCCCUUUCUUUUGGCUGCUCGUUGUUUCAAGUCCCACUAUCGCCUUAACUGAAUUGGAGUUGUGAGUUUUUCAGUACAUGCAUAUAUAUAUAUCUGUUGAUAGAGAUUAAUUAAAGGCUAGAGAGAUUUUGAAUUACAUUUGAUCCCCAUUGAUCUCAACAGUGACUGCUUUCCUGGCCAAGGUCUGCUGAAAUGCUUAUGGAAGAUUGUCCUCUUAAGUGAAAGCAGAGCUUGGAUCACAUCAGAUAUCAAAAAUAUUUUCAUGGCCUUCAGAUUCUGAAACCUUACAAAGAAUCUGUUCACCACUCUGGUAACCUUUACCUUUUGAAAGAGCUUAUCUAGACUCAACAUGCUCUAAAUGUAGCUUGACGUUAAGUGCACAUAUUUGAAAGCGAUAUUGAUCUUUUAGUCAGUCCUUGGCAAGACAGCAUAUUUCCUCAAUUUCUUUAAUGCUAUCAGCUUUUUAAAGAGGAGUAAUAUAAGCAGAGGCACACCUCUGCCCACAGUGUCCCCUUGAUGCUGUUUUCCCUCAAGCUUAUGAAAAAGACUGAGGGACCCAGGUGUGCGUCCACCCCAACCAAUUAAUGACAUUAAUGACGGCUGAAGUGGGAUCGACAAACCGGUCUGCACAUCCCUGCAUCGAGUGGAUAUGUACCAAAUGUUAAAUACACACUCAGCCAAUAACAAUCAUGUCAUUCACCAGAUGAAUAGAGAAUUUGCACACGCACACACACAACAACAACACAGGCACGCAAAGAACACACAAAAGCAAGGCAUCAACCUCUUCUAAGGCUGAAACAAUCAAUCAGAAACGCUUUCAUGCUUCAUGAUAUCUGCUUUGCUGUUUGUCAUUUUGCUAAUAUAAUGGUACCAUGGUCAUUUAGCUUGUGUUUUCAUCUGAAGCCAUUUGCAAUCAAUGCACAUUGACUAUUUAUGGGAGCCUUGCGGGAAUCAGACCCAAUGAGUGCCCCCACACUGGCUAUUACUCCUACCAGCAAAACCACAGAACAACACUCAUCCAUCUAACCACAUAUUAGUUUAAUGCUGGGACUUUUUUUUUCAUUACAUCACAGCGUGAGUGGCUGGAAAUGUCUAUUGAAGUUACAGUGGGUCUUUGAUAGAGACUCUGAAACCUUCUGCAUGGAGGUUCUUGCUCUUUGCCUGCUCGGAUCAAUAACUAGAUAGCCGUUGUGUAUUCAUUGUCAUACCCAGAGACUGAUAGACUGGUAACUAGUUUGUAAAAAGGGAGCUGCUGUGUACUGAGAUUCACAAGGGAAAGGAUCCAAUUCAGCGGAUGCACAUGUGCUGCACGUGCAUGACUGUGUUGGCGUAUAUUGUGAAGAAUUCAUUGAUAAAAGAUCUCCUGUCACCGCUCACAAGUUUGAUGUCACAUUCACACACGGAGUCAGUCAUCCUCCCACACCCGCUGUGGCUGCCGCACGUGACAGGCACUCUAAUGCCGACAAAGACGAAGAGAAGAGACGGGGAGCUACAGUAAUGUUGAGAGAGAGAGGGGGAGAGAUCAAAUAGUCUUCUGCUAAUCUCUUUGAGAAAAAUUCCUUUUGAUUAAAUCAAGUUAGGGUGUGUGCUGUGAAAGGUAUCAGUGGGAAUCACAGCAGGGCGGGGGAGGUAAAGAUGGUAUAAAACCCCAAAUCACUUUUCAUAAUAACUUGGGCGAGGAUUGAGAUCAUUCAUGAGCAGCAGGCAGCUUUAAAGGAUAAACUUGAUUUAUCACAACUUGAAUAUUGUUUCUGUCAUUUGUCUCGGCUAGAAUAACACUGUACUCACUACACUACCUAAGUAUGGGACCAUCAGAACAUCGUGGUCAGAUUAUCUACUGGAUAUAAUAAUUUCUUAAAAUUUUGAAGAUGUACAGAAUGUAAGAGACCCCACACGACCAAAGAUAAGGAUGGAUUUAACAGAUUUGUUUUCAUAAUGUGCUGAGUGAAGUAAUAUGACCAGCAAACUACACCACAACGAGCAGCUUCUCUUCACAAACAACAUAGUCACCCUAUUCUCAAAACCAGAAAUCCAGAAAAAUCUCUUGCAGCUAAAAGUGACUAUUAGGUCAAAAGUCAUGGCUGAAGAUGGUUACAUCGUGUUUAUAUUACAAUAGUGAUUUCUGUACAAUCAUCCUUCUCAUUAGUCUGAAAUUUACACGUCAUGUCGUAUAAACCCUUGUUUCCACAAAUCUUCUAACUUUACACUUUUACACAUUUGUUAUUGUCACCAUAACUGCUUUAUCCAUUCAUUGGCUUGCCUCUUGUUGAUCAUUAUUUCGUUCCACGUGACCAUCCUCAGCUGUUGUCGAGAUUAUCACAGGAUAUCUGAUUGUUACUAUUAAACAUUUUCGACAUGAUUGAUUUCAAAUAAGUGCAACCACACUUCUUCUGAAUAGACUGUGGGCGUAAAAUCACUCUUAAUGAACCUCACCCCCCAGGAAAAUCUGACAAGAUAAAUUUUAAAAACAACUAAAUAUUAGGACUCGAUCGACUUCAUAUUGGCAUGAAACACCUAGCUGUGAACAGUCUCUUAUUUUUUUUCCCCUGUGGUCAUUGCAUAGCGACAUUUGCUUUUGGCCUCACAGUCCAACGUUUACCCUCUUGCUUUGUUUUGGCUCUCACUAACUCCGCCGUCUCUUGAGGAACAAAUUGCUACCAAAUGUUUACAAGUCAGUCCUUAAUGGUGUUGCUGUCUGCUGUUCAGUGCUUAACAGGAAGUGCAUUUUUGUUUUCUCUUACAAAACUAAUGCCUGCUGCAAAAAACACUGGGGAUUCAGUGAGACUGUCCAAAAUAAUUGCUGUCCAAAAACUGAAAAAUGUAAUGAAAAGCUCAGUUUAGCUAAGAGGAAAUAAAAAUGAGAAAAUCUCUACAUAUUCUUCACUUUAAAUUUUCUCUUCUAUCUUCAAAUAUACAUUUUUGCCAACACUGUAAUGUCUGUACUAAGCAAGAAUCUGUAGAUUAAACUCUGCUGAUAGAGGGUAAGGAUUGCAGGGUAACUCAUAGAACAAUACUAGGAUUUAUAUUGGAUUUUUGCUGGUAUUUGAUAUGCCGAUACUUUCACAUCCAUUUUGGCUGAAACUGAUAUUAAUACUGUAGGGCUGGGUGAUAUGGGGAAAAUGUUAUCACAAUAUAUUUUUUUCAUAUCAGUCAAUAUCGAUAUAGCAUGUCUUUUGCAGUACAAUAAGCCGCUGCACCUGUGAGGUCUCCGUGUCUCUUCAACGUUUUGUCGUAAGGCGUUGCGCUAAAGAAAGCGGACUGAGUGGUCAGCUGUUUUGGCUGCACAGGCGCCACAGGCUUCUCAAAAAAAUUUGAGGUAUUCCCCGACUUUAAGAGAACAUGAACUCGACAUAAUUUGAAGUGCACAUUACUCUGCUUCAUGUCCGACCUCAAAAAACCAAAAUACCUCCACACCAACGACGUUUUUGUGCCAGUGUUGUCGACGAUGUCAUCAUCUGUUGAGCCUUCAUUUGCAUUUCUGCCGGGGGUAGCACUCAUUUUCUUUUUUUCUCACUAACAGUGCUGUCGGCUUCAAGUGUUAAAGUGCUAUGGUUGCGUGUAGCUGCAGCCUGCUACUACGCAGUUGUUUGCUACUUGGUUCUAAUUCAGCACAUGAUUGGUUCAGUGCGAAGCGGACCAAGAGCAACUCCCCUUUUCAUUGGCUAUUUGUAUAGUCUACCAAAACAUGUCAGAAUGCCGACUAUCGAAAAGCAUAUUGACCAUGUUUUAUAUUGAUAUUAAGAGAAAUUGAUUUUCGAUAUAUAUAUUGUUAUUGUUUUAUCCCCCAGCCCUACAAAACAAUAUAUAAAAAAUGUUUGUUUGUUUUUUUUAUUGUAAAGAGCACCAAGUCAAAAUUCAAAGUCUUUUACUCUUUAAAUUUAAAUCCAAAUUUGUUUCUUUAGUUUUGAUUUUGUAUUUUUUUCAAAAGCAAACAAUAAAUUAGAGGACAAAAUCACAUGAAUUAUAAAUAUAUUUUUAAAAUGCAGACAUUCAGUAAUGCUCCUGCUGUCUGUUUUUAACACUUGAAAAUAUUGCUGUAUAUGAAAACAUAUUGGCAAAAAUUGACAUAUACAUUAUGCCAAUAUGUAAUUAACUUAACUUAAAAUUAUGCAUCCAUGAGAUAAACCCAAUGCCCAUGAUAUCACAACAAAAUUAAAACAGUUCAGCACCUUUGUGUGGAUUGAUUUAAGUAGCCAUAAAAUGAAUUAUCAAUAACUGACGAAGUGAGGAAUGCAAAAUGCUUCUUAAAGAUAAGAUAGUCUCAUCAGGCUCAGUCUCAUCAGAACCUCAAUGGGGAGUCAUGAAAUAGUGAUGCAGUGAGUCAAAUAAGAAAUUUGUUCAGAGAGAUGUAUCAUCUUGCAUCGAUGUUUGGCACCAGCAAUAUGAUAUCUAUGAGUCGGGAUGAUGAUAUCAUUAUUUUGUCCCACCCCUACUUGCUCAGCAUUUGCAGAGGGGGUGUUGUGCUCAUUUUUAGGCUUUAUAUUGUUCCAGCUUUCAUUCAUUAACAUCUCAAACACUGUCAUUCUUAGGCUGGUGUCUUUGAAAAUCCUCAUUUCAAGUUCUGUCUGAAAUGCUCAAUUUUUAUCUGCUGGCUCUCUAAGCCCACUUUCCUCCAACUGGCCAGCUCUCUGGAAGCCUCCUCUCUGCUCUGAAGUUGUCUUCCAGUUUCUAUAUUUGAAACGACAAAUUAUGAAAUACGGCCAUAUGUCCCGGACCCUGAAUCUGAGCUACAAAGUUUGGAAAGAGAACAACAAGAAAGUCCCCUGCAACAAAGACCAGAGCAGGACAUCUCUGUUUGGGAAGUGUUGCAUUUGUUACGCUCGGUGAUGGCGACUCACGUGGUGACGUCACGUGGAGAAAAUCCCGUGUCCCUCUCACAUAAUUCUUGUGACUUUUUGAACAAGCUGUUCAGAGCAGCUGUCAGUCUAACCCUCAAAAUCUGAAGAUCUGUCCACAUUCAGUAUUGACGUCCAAGGCUUUAACUUAGUCUUUAGUUUUGAAACAUGAAACAAGCAUAAUUUCACCUCUCUAAUUUGAGGAUAUGCAGAAAAUGGUUCCAAGAGACUUAAUGAUUUGGUGUUUCCGGACCAAACAGUUCUGGGGACGUGUAGAAGCAGAACUAUCCAUUUGGGAGUUUCCCAAGAACUAAACACCAUAGAGACUUUUUUUCUGUCUGUAUUCACACCACUAUGGUGACAGCUGAUAUGAACCAUAAAGUGGUGGAAGCUAGCUAAUGUUUUGUAGUGUAUAGUCGCUGUAGAGAGCUGGCGGGAAAUAUUUUCAAAGAUUGUGAUUAUUUCCCUGAGAGGUUGGACUUACUGUGAGAACUCAGGAAGUUCAACUACCUCAGGAGCUGCUGAUCCAUCUCUACACCGCCAUCAUUCAGUCUGUUCUCUGCGCAUCCAUCACUGUUUGGUUUGGGUUUGGGAACACACUUAAAUGCACAAUCAGGACUGCAGAAAAAACCUGCCCUCCAUACAGGACUUAUACCGGUUCAGGGUCAGGAAAAAGGCAGGUAACAUCGCUGCAGACCCCUCACACCUGGGACACAAACGGUUCAAACCCCCUCCCCUCAGCCGACACAAAGACAGUUUCUUCCAACGAGGUGUUAGUCUGAUGAACUCCUAACAUUCAAAGAGCGACAGAAAGACCACUGUGACUUUUAUAGCUGUUUAAACAGUUUAUCUAUAACCAGUCCUCUAAUCUGACACAUACCUCCACACGCUAUUACCUAAAGGGGCCAUGGCAUGAAAAACUGACUUUGUUAACGGGAGGGGGGUGCAUAUCAGGGAUAGAAAACCGCUACAAUCCCCCCAAGUUCGAAAAAAUUCCAUCCAGUGUUUUUUUAGUUAUCUCUGUAUUCAGGAACUGUGUGCUCAGAGCCGUUCUGAAAACUCCACUGACAUGACGUCAUGUCAGUGCUGGCGGGUUGAUGGUUCUGCCCACGGAGCCGCCCACUGCCCGCCCUAAAGAUUAUCUAAACACCGCCAUUUUUCCCGGCCGCUCGCUCCCAUAGCUCCGGUUAGAACCAUGGCGGAAGUACGAUCUGAAAAAGAGGAAGCGUUUGCUCUGUUGUUGGCUGCACAAACGAGCACAAAACUCUUUUGGAAACUCCCUCGUAGGAAGAUUUGAGGACUCAGUGGGUGGAUUUUAUUUAUAAUGGGAAUGUACCGGCGGCACUUCCAACAUAUCUGUAUGUAUGUCCGCACCAUUUCACUUCGGACUGUUUUAUCAACGAGGGACAGUUCAACGCUGGAUUUGCUAGAUGUCUGAAGAUAAAGAAUGGAUCCGUACCAACUAUCCGUGAUCCUACUACAAACGUGGCAUCUGUAAGUGUGAACGUUUUAUUUUGACUUACUGUUUAGCCUAAAUUCCCCCCGGUGCCUCAACACGGCCACCACGCUUUGAUAAACACACCGGAUCCGCGCCGGUUUACCGGAUCCUCCCGUAUUUUAGUCGCUCGCUUCUUCCCCGACAACUCCGGCGGCGGGGGACAAAUCCCCUUCCGGAGCAGCAUGUAGCUUUAGCAUUUACCCGUGCGGCGACGCGCCUCUUUUGGCUGAAAUACGGGACGUCCCGGCUAAGCGUGACCCUCCUGGCGGCUUUGAAUAAUACAUAGGAUGUGUCGACUAGGUCGCUUCAAGUCGCGUUUGGUCUGAACGCGGCUAAGCGUUUCUUCCGGAGCCUCUCCCUCUGGGUCAGACUCUGGCUCAAACUGGAAGGAUGUACGAGCGAUCUUCUUGCAGCCAUGACCGAGCCAGUGUAAACAUUAGCACAUGGCUAUCGGAGCACAACCACAGCCCCUUCCAGAGAGAUGGGUGUAAAGUGGACGUAGCUUAGGUGCAGCUCAUUCAUUACAGAGACAUGGUCCAAAACGGAGGAUUUUGAGCGGAGCUGUUUUUAGCUGAUAAAAAGAGCACUAAAAUAAUUGAUCCAAAUCGAAUUUUGACCGAAGGACGUCACAGACAUGCUUCUAACACACCAGGGGACUAUUUUAAGUUGUGUGAAAUUGGCAUGCCAUGGGACCUUUAAUAUUACUUACUUAACCUGACGCUUUCUGAAACUUUUUUACCUUUUCAUCUGGCCUUCACCCAUACUCAACAAGACAAAAUGCCCAUCUUCAGUUACCUUUCUUGUCAUCAGUCAAAUAUCACUUUUAGAGGACCAAAACUAUGGAAUAAUCUGGAUGUAUCUCUAAAAUCAAUAUUAUCAUUUAAAAUAUAAUUGAAAUCUCAUCUAAUCAUGUCUUAAACACGUCAGUAUCUGUUAUGUUCAUGUUUUCUUUUCUUUUUAUGUAUACUUAUAAUUUCUUUAUCUCUGGUUGGGCUGGGUGAUGAUUAGUCUUUGUUCUAUUUAUGACAAUUUGUAUAUGUUUUGACCUUUCCCUACUCAUCGUAUAUUUAUAACCUGUCUAUGUCCUAAUUACUUUGUUGUUUGCACCCUAUGCCUUUUACUUCGCUGAUGGGAGUGGAACUCUGUAUAAGUCUGUCAGCUUCGUUCCCUCCUUGCAUUGUUUUUAAUCUGUGCUAAAUAAAUAAAAUAAAAUAAAUAUUUAUUUUUAAUGCCAAUACUGUAAAACAAUUGUAUAUUUACUUCAUGUACUAUAAUGACAUGUAUUUUUUCUCUCAACCACUCUCCACUUUCACAACACUCCACGUCAUUGCACUAUUGCACGACUGUAACUUAUAUAUAAGUUUAAUGUCUCAUUUAAGCUCAUAGAUACUUGUAAUCCUUAUAGUAGUUUUUGUAAUAUUUCGUUUAAUGUACAUAUGGAGGCAAAGUAAUCUUAUUCUAAGUAAAUCUGAUUCUGAUUCAUGUGUAUUUAGGGAGAGAUUUCUAGCCCUUCAUUAAAAUCCCUCCUCCAGAUAUCAUUUUUGAUGCUUUACACAACUUUUGCUAAGUAGAAAGCUACCUGCUACUGACGCUUGUUAGCACUGACAUGCCAACAGCAAUAAACAAGAAGCGGCGUAGGCAGUGUUGCGUGACUUGUUCUUUCCCAGUCCUUUCCCAGCAACAGUAAACAGCGAGCUUGUCUCCAUCAGAAUUCAAUCAAGUUUGAACUUUAAGCUUCCCAAUUAACUCUUUACAUCCUCUUUUUUAAUCAUUGGAUAAACAGAAGCCUAUAAAACAAAGAUUUGUUCUGGUCGAUGGGGACAAAUCUUGUUCUGUUUCUUGUGCAGCAGUGCGUGAACAAGACGUAAAAGUGCUUUCAUCUACAGCAUACGGGCUACACCUGAAACCAUACAUGUUGUAUUACAUGCAUGUUAGGUUUAUUAGUCAGUACCUGCCUGCUGGCGCCUGGCCUGUUUGCUCAUAUGCAUGAGUUGCAUCAGAUGUGGCAGUUUGUUUGUGUCUUCCUCUGUCGCGUGGUCCAUACACACAAACAGAAGAAUAGUGCUUUGCAAAAUGAAGGACAUUGUUCAAUGAAGAUCUUUUUCUCUGAUUGCAACACAUCCUUCCCAGGGCAACAAAAGAGGAUAUUAUGCACACAUAGACACACAAACACAGCAUAUAUGCAUUUGCACAGAAUUUUGAGGAGGCAGAGUCGUGCACAGAUCUGAGUGAUGUUAUCUGAUUUAGCAGACAUAAAUCCACCUUCUCUGCCUUUCUCUUCGACUGAUAUCCAUUUUUCUCUCCUGUCUCGUGUCUUUUAUCUCAAAGUACGUUUUGUUAACACCAUCAGCGUGCUUCUCUUUUUCUUUCUUUUUUUUCUUCCUCUCUCUCCUUGCUUAUCGGAUUAGAUCUGUCUCCCUCCUCUCCUCUGGGCUUCAAUUCAAUUUUGUUUUUGAGUUUCACAUCCUUUUUCUUCUUCUUCACUCCUUUCUCUGCUUAUAACUCAGCAUUCAACUUCUCACCUCUUUACCCUUCCCCUGUUGUACUUUAACAUUCGCCAGCAUGACUCGACCUCUACAAAACCCUCACGCCCUCAUUUUGCCUUUUGAUCUCACCCCUGGUCCUCUUCCUCUUCUCUCUGCAUCUUCACUGUCUCUUCUGAUCUGUCAUAGGAUCCCCAAAACCUAUUGUGCUCAGCAUGAACUGAAGAAAAGCGAUCAAUCUAGACUUUUCUAAAAUUCAUCAGAGAUUAAAAUAAAAUUGGAUGAAAAUUGAAUGAAUUGAAUGAAAAUUUGCCUUUUUAUUAAUUAUUGAUUAUAAUUAGUUUUUAUGUGGAGGAGAAAUAAUUGAAGGUUGGUGUAUCCAUUAUGAUCAAGUAUCAGAAAAGUUAUUUUUAUUGCUAUAGUUUGGGUGACAAUGGUGGGGGAAAGUAAUAUUUUACAUAAGAACCAGUGCUUUGUUGCUGUGUAGAGGCACCAUAGACUGUAUAUACUGUGGACAACUUGGUUCCGCCUUCAGCUAGUAUACGGAUUUAAAGCUGAAAAGUGCUCUGUUACUCCACAUUUUUUCUCCAUUUCCUGAAACCAACAUUGCGCAGUAGAUUUGUACGCACUUCACCACUUGUGCAGUAGCAUUGUACGCAUUUGGCGGGAGAGUCGCUGUGAUGACGCUCGGCUCAAACAGUGUAUCUCCCGGGCAAGCUACACAAUCUUGUGUAGUGUCAAUCAUGGAAAACAUGAACCCCCUGAUAACUUGGAGCGUCACAGAAAAAAGAGGACUUGAGCACAAACCAGUCUGACAGUAACUACAUGUCAACAUCACAACCAGGGGGGAGAAAAAUGUAUAUUCUAUGUAAUAAAUUUCUAAAGUUUGUCCACAGCACUAUGAGCUUUGCUGGAGGAGGCGGGAUUUAUGACCUAUACUGCAGCCUGUCACCAGAGGGUGCUGUUCUCGGGGUGGUUUCACCCAGCAAUGAGGCAGACGGCGUCUAUUCUAGUCUAGUCUAUGAGAGGCACGCUGAUGCAGCUCAGUUAUUUCUGCUUAUUUUCAAUAAAAACUCGACUUAAAAAAUGACAAUUCUUUCGCUGUAACAAACAUUUUCGUAUUACCAAACAUUGCCAAUCCCAUUACACAGGGGCAUUUUCUCUUAAAACCUUCAAAUGUUAGAUUUUCACCGUCUUUAUUCCAAUAGUUUUCUACCAUAGCUAUCUUGUCAACCUGUCAAGUCUGUUAGGUUCUCCUCAAUGUUCUUCGACAGGUAUUUGAUCAACUAAUCUAAAACUUCUUCCUUAAACUUGUACAAAAUUCAGCCAGAGUCCCAACUGGAGCCGAACAUAUUGUUCCUCCAAUACAGUCAGAUUUUCAUCAUUCAAUCACCGGGUUUAAAGACUUUUAAGUUUAAUCAAGUUUUUGCAUAACAGAUUCACAUUCAAACACUGACUGCAUUAAUCCUACAUAAAUAUAAACCUUUGAUUUAGAAGUUUUACUAUCGCAUUAUAGAUACAUUAUCAGUGUGUCUUUGUUUAUUCUAUCAUAGUUACUGUUUUCUGGCAGUUUAACAGAAACCAAAAAAAAAGAGAUACACUCCUCCUGUCUAUUUUCUUUGGCUGACCAACUGCUGCCAGAAACCAGGCGCUACUUGAUAUUUUUUUUCCCAGAAAUGUCAUCCCAACACCCACGUCAUGAUAUCAAAGAAUAAUUAAAACACGGGGGCUUUCAUCAGUUGACUGAAAUGUAUUUAACUGAAACUCUUUAAACUCUGAAGUUGAAUGGGACCAGUUUUUCUUUUGGCUUUUCCCUCUUUGACAGCUGCAAUACUCAGCAUUUCCUUGUCCUGAUUAUGGUUCACACUGAGGCAAAAAAGGAAAAAAAAAGCUGUUCUCAAGUACCUUUUCAGGUGGUUCCUGGUGGGUCAUAUCUGUUUUUUCCACCUCUGCUGUGCAAUUUGCAUUAAAGUACAUGAUUGGACUGCAAGUGGUCUUCGGACCCUGCUGGUUCCUGCUCAGUGAAAAAUAUAUGACGUUUUAUUCUAGGUCAGUCAGGGAUACUUUCAGCUUUAAACAGAAAAGUUAGUGUCCACAGAUUCACAUUCUGUAGUGUGGUGUUUUAUUAAGUAUCUUAACACUCUUUCCUGAGUGUUUUUCCCCCAUAAAAAUCAGUGUAUUAUUCUUCUAUUUAAUGCUUUUUUUGUCACCUAAAGAGUGAGCUUUCCUCUCUAUGCUGGUGCUAGGGCUGGGUGAUAAAAUGAUAAAAAUUAAUUUCCCUUACUAUCAAUCUAAAACAUGGUCAAUAUGCUUUUCGAUAGUCAGCAUUCUUAGUAGAUUAAAUGAAUAGCCAAUGAACAGGGGAGUUGCUCUGGGUCCACUUCACAAUGAACCAAUCAUGAAUUAGAACCAAGUAGCAAAGAACUGUGUAGUAGCAGGCUGUAACUACACACAACCAUAGCACUUUAACACGUGAAGCCAACAGCACUGUCGAUGAGAAAAAAGGAAAAUGAGUGAUGAAGAUGAAGGUUCAACAGAUGAUGACAUCGUCGUCAACAGUGGCAAGAAAAUGUCGGUGGUGUGGAGGUAUUUUGUUUUUUUGAGGUCAGACAUGAAGCAGAGUAAAUUAUGUUGAGUUCAUGUUCUUGCAAAGUCGGGAAAUACCUCAAAUCUUCUUCACCACCUAAAGCAGUGCCAUGCGGCAGAGCACACACAGUGCAGAAGGUUACAAACCCCGAGCGGGGCAAGGAGCCCAUGGCGCCUGUACAGCUGAAACAGCUGACCAUACAGUCCGCUUUCUCUAGCGCAACGUCCAUUGACAAAACAUCGAAGAGACACGAAGACCUCACAGAUGCAGUAGCUUAUUGUACUGCAAAAAAAAUGCUACCAUUAAGCACUGUUUAAUUUCAUUUUUUAUAUCAUGAUAUAUAUUGAUAUUGACUGAUAUGAAUAAAAUAUAUCGUGAUAAACUUUUUACCAUAUUGCCCAGUCCUAGCUGAUGCUAUCAGUAUACUAGUAUAAAGUACAGAGAGGCUGUAUUGUGUCACAGUAUAACAACCCAGAAGAUGGCGCCUAAAGAAGCAGGCUGCUGUUUUGGCCUAUAGCAGUAUCCCUUUGUUACUUUUCUGAUACACUGUUCAGCACCACUACCUGCUCCUCUAAACAUUUUCACUUAAUGGUAACCUAGUCGAAGCAGCCGCCCUAUAGAAAUCCAUGUGCAAAGAAAGCAGUGGGUCAUAACACUGUGGCUACAUUCAUUGUUUGUGCAGUUUGUUUUUGUAUGUUCUUCUCAUAACAACCGUAAAAUAUUUUGGAUGCUCAUUUUUUUCCACCUCUGUCCUUGUCUCUGAUUUUUUUUCUUUUUUUCACAACAUUUUGAUAACCAGUUAUAAAACACUAAGGAGACGAGCCAUUGUCAUUACAAUCAAGAGGGGACACACUUUAAAGCGGUUACCAUGGUUACUUCCAAUUUACCACCGUGCUGCUGGACUGUGACGGAUCAUUUAGUCAGUUAUUGUACCUACUGUAGGAAUCUUUGUGUCAGACAAGCUGGUGUGAUUGAACUGAACAUUCAAUAAGAGUGAAAUAGACUGAAAACCAGAGAAAUCACGCAUUGAGUGUUUUGGCACCCGAUCUCUGACACAACAUCGAUCAAUAUUGUGCUUUUUUCUUUGCUGUCAGACUUUCAUUACUGUCCUUUUGAUCCUUCUUCUAUUCUCUUUUAUUUCUUAAUUUCAGUCCGAGAUUGCUCGAUGAGUCACCUACAAUUAUCAUUCCUUGUGACGGUCUUUUGAACAGUCCUAUAAAAAAAAAAAAACUCUCAUUGUUGAAAAGUAAAGCAGAGAUUAUUUUUCACCACAUGAACACAGGAGGCGUUUAGAGAUUGCUGUGAUUGACUGUUCAAUCUGUACACCAUUAGUUUGAAUUAACAUUGAUUGGUCAGGAAUGAUGGAAACCGAGGGUUGAAUUAUCAAUGGUUUUGCCAAUGAUGGAUCAAGAAAAACACUCGCUCCGAAGAGAGCUAUCAUGAUGAACCGCAGUUUUAGUGGUUAAUCAAAGGAUAAAUGAUUCAUCGAUUCAAAAACCAGGCUGAAUGUGUGCUCAAAAAUCCCAGUAUAUCUCGAAGUACAGGCGGACAGCACCAACUUUGUGUGUGUUUCAUGUAGUGUUCGGGGACGUCCAUGACUCACUAAUCUGCCAUCAUCACACAUGUAUGCAAACUUUUCAUUUCCAAGCAACAAGAAACAGAGCAGUCAAAAAAGAAAGCUUUCUUUUUAUCAAGUAAAGAAAUGCAGACUCGAAAGCCACAAAAAUUGAAUUGUUUGAAAUUAAUCAAAUAGAAACUCGGAGAGAGCGUGCGAGAAAGAGAUAUUUCUCCAGUCCAUUAGUGCACUUUAAGCAUUAGUGAACUGUGUUAUUCAGUUACUUUGGGAGGAUUUUUGCAGCAGUCCAUUGAUCAGGAAGACACCAGCUUGGCACUCACAGGCAGGCACACAAUAUUAGCAAAAUAGAGCAAGUAGAAAGGGUUUUCUUCUUUAAGAUCUGCGUGGAUAACACUUGGACAGUCCUUUCAUGAUGUGUUUUGUUCUGCAGAUUCUGCAUAAUGUACAUCCGCCCAGAGAAAACACAGUGAGGAAAACCACAGCUUCCUCCCAAGACAUGAAAGGAGCCUUUCACUCACUGUUUCCUGGAAAUGUUAAUUAAUUAUAUGCGUUUUGUUCCAUGCCAGCCUCUGGCAUUUUUAAGUAGCCUAGUUUGUUUUUUCCUAUUUGUUUUGAAUGAGGGAGAUCCCCGGUCUCUAGAUACCAACGGUGGAAUCCUCUCUUUACUCUGAGUUGCUGUUUUUAGACUUUUCUAGCAGAAAACUAGGCAACAUCACACACACGCACACACACACACCAGAAAAACCCGUGAACCUUCCCUCAUCUCACACACUUCCCAACACAUCUAUUUGCAUCUUCUUACCUUCCUCCCCUGUCGACUGUAAAAAAAACGCCACAGGGGGUGUUCCCUUCAUUUAUGCAUAUUCUUGUAUAUCUAGGUGUGUGAGCCUGUGCUUGUGUGAGCGUUUGGCUCACCACACUCAUUUUCUGCCAGAAUUUCCAUGCUGUAUGACCCAGGCAUUUGUAUGUUCGGUCUUCGCUCUGUAACUGACUCCAUCUCUGUCCCAGACUGGGCUUCAGUCUUUCUCCCUCCUUUGGGAAACGCCGACUUGAGGCUGAUUUGGAUGUAUCUAUUUUGUAUUUAGAGGCUGGAUUUGACAGGGCCUGAUUGUGAGUGUGUGAAUGUACAAUCUCCCCCUGCAUGUCCCACUUGCUUACUCGCCUGCUCAAACAGAGUCUGGCCAGCCCUGUGUCUGGUUUCCGUGAUGAGAGACAUCUGCAAUCAGGGACUUAACAUGAUUACAGAGGUACGAUGGCCGCGGGGAUUGUGAGGGGUUGAAGAAUGGAUAGAGAGAUGGCUGGCUCAGGAGGAGAGAUGAGAGGUGACAAACUCUUGGAGCAGGUUGCAGAUGUAGCAGAUGGGGGGGUGCAAGGUGCAGAGUGUCCUCCCAGACCUCACACUUUCACCUGUGAGGUGACCUCACAUCUUUGGGGCUGUCAUUUUCACACAUUUAUCCUUUUCUGUUUUUUUCGGUCUCUCUUCUCUCCAGCUGUCCUGCUGUUUGUUUUUCCUCUUUCUCUCUCUCUCUCUCUCUCUCUCUCUCUCUCUCUUCUGCCCUCCUUCUGUCCUGUCCGCUCUCUGUCGCUGUUCCUUGUUCCUGCCCUCUGCCCUGCGAUGCCACAUUUAGUUAAAAUUAAGAGAAUAACAGAGGAGGAUUUAUUUUUCAUGCCCUUGUUCAUUUUUUCCCCUUCGGGCUCGUUUGCUGCGUCUAAGUUUGUUUAGCCUUGCUGUUCUCUGACCUCCCGUGUUCUGCCCUGAUAGAGAGUGGAUUUCUUCCUCUUCCUCUCCUUCUGGUCCAUGUAGGGGCAGUGGCACUCACUCACUCCCAUUGACAGAUUACUCUCCUAAUGGAAUUUAAUAAUUUAUCCCUUCCUCAUGGCGAUUUAGCCAGGAAAAGACCGGCAGCAGGAGCGCAGUAAAGGACAGGGCAAGGAGGAGAGGGAAGAAAAGUAGCAGAGGUAAACGAGGAAGAAGGGAGAGGCGCUUAACUGAAUAUGCUCAGUUUUGAUUUGGGAAGAUGUCAUUCAAAAAGAGGAGGAUAGAGAGUGAGGGAUGUGUGGAGGGAGGGAACAGAGGAUUAGAGAAACAGUGAGGAAAAAAAAUGAAUGAAGAUAAACACAGUUUGGUGCCCUGCUCUGUGGCUGAAUCGAACACACACAGAGGAACUAAUGUUGGUGCAUCCUGAGCACAAUGAAUCAACUGUAAGAGCUUAAAUCUGACUUCACCCUGAACCAUUAUUUCUGAGUGUUCACUUAUGAGAACAAACAAUUUCUCCCCAUAAUGUGACGCCGUUUUUGACCUGAAAAUACAAAAACUCACACCGAGCAUCCUCCGAGUGCACGCAGGCAACACGAGUGUCAGUCAUUUUCCUCUCUAUACCGCUGUCACACACUCCUCUCUCUCUCUCUUUUCUCCUCUCCUUUCUGUCUUCCUCCCAACUCUUCUUGUAUCUCUCUCUCUCUCUUUUUUGACUCUUUACCUCCUGCCUCUUCCUACUCUUCCCCUCACCUUCCUUCCCUCUUUCUUCCUCUCUCUCUCUCUCCUUCCCUCUCUCUCUCUCUCUCUCUCGCUGGGGAUCCUAAUUAAGCUCGGCUGCUCUUUGAUGUUGUCGCCUUGGCAACAGUCACCAUGACGAGGCUGGGUCUGCACACUCUUGCUGAAACUCGCUCAGGCAUACACAAAUACACAGGAGUACAGUACACACACACGCACACACACACACACACACACACACACACACACACACACACACAAACUUACUUGGUGAAAUCAUUAGAUAUUUUUACAGAAUGACUCAGGUGUGUGCGUAGACUACAUACGUGUGUGUCCACUUGUUGACCACAUACGUGUCCACAUGUUACAGUAGAAGAAAACGCGCAUCCUGCUGAGCUGGAUGUAGAUAAUGAUGGAGAGAAAUGUGUGUGUGUGUGUGUGUCCAUAGGUGGUGGAGGACGCUUCUGUCUGCCUCCAUCAUGACAGCCGCCUGCCAGUGUUUGUUCUCAUGCUUGACCUGUUGUGGAGUUUUUUUUUUUGUCACCCUAAAUAAAUGUUUGUGUGGGAUAAAAGCCCUCGAGAUGAAUCAUGUGGUUAAAGAGCGACGGUUAGCGCCAGCUGUUUCUGCAGGUGAAACUCUUCUGCAUCUACUGCAGGGGGAUUCCUCGUUUCUCUCUCUGUUUCAAGGCGCUGCUUUGGGAUUUGAGAUUUCAUAUUGAGACAUGCAAUCUCACUGCAAAAUCUCACCACGCGUUGAUAGAAAACACACUUUUGUUUUUAAAAGAUGAGAGAAUCUUUGUGCGAGGAAAAGACUCAGAAAUCUCGCAGCGGUAGAAAAUCCCCUCGCUCAGGAGUAUCAUUCUUCACCAGUUCAAAUUGACCCAAAAGAUUAAGAGUGUUUUUUUUGCAGUGUCCUCCUCUCCAUGACAUUUCUCUGUUCCUAUCUUUAUCUCUUCAUUUCCUCUGCACUUCAUCUAUCUCCUUCCAAACCCCUCCAACCCACCACCACCACCUGCACCCCCACUCACGCUUAACACCCUCAGUUCCUGUCAGCACAGUCUGGAGGAGGGUCCCUGUAAUGAAACCUGCUUUUACCACUUUCUUAUAACAACAGCUUCGGGGACAAUUUAAAGAGUAAAUACAGCAAUUAACGAUACAAAACAUCCACAUGGAGGGAGGGGAAACUGCAAUUUAAAUAGCAUUGUGUGGUUAAAUACAGUGAUCUUUUUAUGGGGAAAUAUUGCGCUUAUUAUAACCAGGGACCUGUUUUUCUCAGGAGGAGAAUCUUUGAAGUCGUUUCAGUUAAAAGUUUUACGUUACAUGAAAACGAGCCACACCACAGUGACUGUCUGAAUAGAUUGCUGAUUAGAUGGUUGGUGUUUUACAUCUCAGGAAAGAGACAUUCACGCUAAAUUGCUGCUGGUUCCUUUAAUCAUCCGUUGAGUCCGAUAUUGAGAUGUGCCAGCAGAGAUUCAUGAUGAGAAGUUUGCUCUUUGACGCUUUAAAACAAGUGUAACUCCUUUUCUAUUUCAACCUCCUCUCAUCUCCUUCCUGUCCCCGCAGCUGUUCGUCAUCGACAACGGAGCCGACGACUGGCGCAUCGCCAUGACCAUGGAGAGGGUUCUGCUCAUCGCUCUGGAGCUGCUGGUGUCUGCGGUGCAUCCUGUGCCGGGGGACUUUAAGUUCCAGUGGCGGGCGCGGCUUGCCUUCUCAUACGCGCCGUCGCAAGCCGAGGCUGACCUGGACAUGGUGCUAAGCGUGCCGAUGUUCCUGCGCCUCUACCUCAUUGCCAGAGUUAUGCUUCUACACAGCAAACUCUUCACCGACGCCUCCUCCAGGAGUAUAGGCGCCCUAAAUAAGGUCAGAGAGGGUUUGCGUAUGUGUAGUGUGCUUUCAGGAUUGUGGUGGUUAAAUCUUCAACCAGACAGAGAAGAGGGAGUUAUUAAGGUCAAGGGCUCUCUGCUCUGAAUUAAAUCUGUGUCUGCCCGGUCCCUUUCAUUCCUAACCUCUAUCCCUCGAACAAUCCUUCCUUCAGCUCCGUCCCUAUACUCACCCUGUUUCUUUUCAUCGACUAGUUCAAAUCCCCUUCCUCCUCUUUUGUUGGGAGACUUAGAUGUAAGCUUUUGGUGGAUCUCUCAUAAUACAAUACGAGAUGGGAGCGUGAAAUGAGAACAAGAUAUUGCGUACGGCUCAAAUGGGCCAUGAAAAGAGAGCACACAAGUGAGAUUGCAGCACGAGUGCAGGGAGAAAUGUCUACAAGCCGUGCAAUAAAUGAUCGGAGGCAGGUUCGAAAUGACUUCAAAUGAUAAAUAUUAGUGGAAAAGCAGAAAGUGAAGAUGUACUGUGAUGUAGGAUGUCGGCAAACUAUGAAGAGGAAGAGGACAGUGUGUGUUUGAAAUGAGUUAUAGAGAAGGUUGUGACUUUAUCAGCGAUAACACCACUCUGACCCUCAGGCUACAGUAACAGACAGAGAGGUGAAGUUACCAUUAUAGAGAAGCUCUAAUAUGACCACUCAUUUUUCAGCUGCUUAACCCUUCCGGGGUCCCACUCAUCCACCUGAUAGAAGUUGAGGACAAAUGAGCCCUGGACUCCAAAAUAGGCCAAUUACUCAAACACACUAUAAAGCUUGACCUGUGUCGGAGGGCGAGCCCCGAUCCUGACUCCAAUUACGGUGGAAAUUCACAGAGUGCUGUCGCUAUCGGAGCUAUCAGAAGCUUCUCUGAAGACUAAUUAGUGAAACCUCAAAUCUGUGUGGGAAACAUCCUGUUACAGGAUGAGGAUUCAGAGCUAAAGCUUGAAAUACUGUGAUAAAUGUGUCACUUAGCACUUCUGCUAUACUGUGUGUGAGUAUUUUACGUGUGUGUGUGUAUUGCAGGUACAUUUUAACACACGAUUUGUAAUGAAAACCCUCAUGACUAUCUGCCCCGGGACGGUGCUGCUGGUCUUCAGCAUCUCUCUGUGGAUCAUCGCUGCCUGGACCGUACGAGUGUGUGAGAGGUCAGCAACCGAGCUGGGCGGGGGUCUGAAAUGACAAACUAGCAUAUUACAUACUCAUACAACACAUACUGCAUACUGCCCAAUAAUCUGACAGAUCACCAAUAACGACAUAUUAAUGCACGUCCUUUCCGUGUCAUGUGACCUUAUCAAUCUUGUCGUAUCUCUGGUUUGAGGUAUGAUGGCAAAGCUCGUGUGCAGUUGUUUGUUAUGAAGCAUACAUACAUAGUCAUUCAAGUAUUUGUUUGUACGUACACUGCUGGUUGCUGACUUUCAGACGGUUCGAUUGCUCAAAUAGCUGAAAUGCAUUUUGACAUAGACUGUAUAUAAGAUGGACAGCCUGGUUCCGCCUUCCGCCUGUAUACAGAUUUGAAGCCAAAAAGCUCUCCGUAAUUCCGGGUUUUUCUCCACUUCCUUGAAACCAGAGCUGCGCAGUAGCGUUGUACGCAGACGUUUUGACCAAGAAUAAGUAAGUUCCACUUCUCCUAAUAUAAUGUGAAAUGUGUCAGCGGUCAUGUCACAUGUCGGUUAACACAGUUUACUACAGAACAACUCAUUUUUCCAAUGCAACAAAAGAGAAAAACGAUGGAAAAAUUAAAUCCUCUUCUCUGCUAGCAAACCUGAUUGGUCUUGACGAUGAACGGAAAAGAGCGACGCACAAGCGGCAAGUGCAAAGUGUAGAGAAUGACGCAAUUUCCUGUUUUUAUAACUCCUAAUAACUUUUUAAAAUGGAGCUGCAGAGAGAAAAAAAGACCUGAACACAAACCAGUCUAAUAAUCACUAUAUGUCAACAUCGCAGUCGGGGGUGAGAAAAGUGUAUUUUCUGCGUAAUUAAUUUCUAAAGGCCAUCCGCCGCUCCAUUCACUUUGCUGGCAGAAGUGGGGUUUACGACUUGUACUGCAGCCAGGCUCUAGGGGGUGCUGUUCUCGGAGUGGCUUCACCCGGCGAGGAGACAGACGGCGUCCAUCUUAUAUACAGUCUAUCCAUUUUGAUCAAACAUUUGGGCCAAUCUGACAUUCUUCCAGGCAUUUCUCACAUGUAGAAAUGUUGCAUAUCAUGUAUUCAGAACAUAUUACAUACUCAAAGUGAUGCCGUUCUUGGUAUGAAUUGUAUAAAAGUAUGUGGUUUCAGACAGCCUCGGUUCAUGGACCACAUUCAUGUGAUAACCUGUUAGUUAUAGUCCUAUGACAGCUCAUCGAUAACGACAAAUAGGCACCUGAGGAACUCAUGCACGAUUCUCAUAUCAUCAAUACAGGAAAGAGAAACGUCCCAAAUCUAAUGAGUAGAUCCUGCAAAAAGUAAUCAAGGAAAUAACAGGAAGUGUUUUUCAGUUUUAACAAGCUUGAUUAACCAAUCAGUACCAGGCUGCUGGGAAAUCAUUGUUUGGUCAACAUCCAAAUUAAGUCGGCGAUUCCUCUUCUCUCAAAACAGAUUAUCAGAUGAAAAAAUCUCAUUAAAUUUAGUUAAAUCUCUUCAAACAUGGUGCAAAUUUUAAAAUACUUGUCUUGGAAGGCAUUUUAAACUAUCGGUCUCCAUGCAGAUACAUCUAUUAUUAUGAACGUGGAACUUGGAAGCCAAACAUUUCCAAAAAUGUUAUGUAGUGGCUUUUGAAGAUUAAACUUUCUUCCAGAGGAGCACCAGGUUUGGUAACUAUGGCAACAGUGUUGUGCAUAGGGCUGGAAUGAUGGAGGCAGUUUUGUGUUUUGUUCUGUCAUGAGAAAUCAAAGCAUGUUUGACGCUCCCAUGUUUGCAGAAAGGAAACAGUGGGUCAGUUAUGCAGCUUUUAUACUGCCGUUGUUGUUCUCCAACCGUGUAUUGACUCUAUCCUCUGUUCACGCAUAUUCUUCAGGUAUCAUGAUGCUCAGGAUGUGACCAGUAAUUUCCUAGGGGCGAUGUGGCUUAUCUCCAUCACAUUCUUGUCCAUCGGCUAUGGAGACAUGGUCCCCCAUACCUAUUGUGGCAAAGGAGUUUGUCUACUCACAGGAAUCAUGGUCAGUAUAUUUAUCUCCCCUCUCCUCCCCCAUCUCUACCCCCAUCCUCCCUCUCUCUCGGUGCUGUCCUCACUUCAUCCAAAGGUCACCCGAUUAGAGAGCUUGCUGUCAUUUGCAGGAGAAAUUCAGCCAUUUGUGUGAUUUGGGCAAUCCUCCCUGAAUUAGCCUGCAUCUGUGCUUCUGUGUGUUUUGGGUGUGUAGGCGUGCAAACAUGAGCAUGCUACUUGUUUGUGUGUGUAUGUGUGUGUGUGUGUGUGUGUUAUUCCCUUGACUGUCCUCAUUGCAUAAUGAAGGUCCCACCUUUCAGUGUGCCAUGUCCUCCCACUCUCUGUUUCCCUCCCUUUCUCUCUCUGUAUUUCAUUUUCUUUAUGUAGCACUAACUGCCUCUCUAUCUCCCUCUAUCCAUCUCUCUCUCUCUCUCUCUCUCUUUCUCUCUGUCUGUCUCUCCAUCCCUGAGGCCAUGUGUUUGUUUCCCUUUAACGUCCAUCUGUUAGUAUCACUUUUUUACCCACCGACUGUUCCUCUUUUUGCUUCACUUCACAGGUGGUUUUUUACCUCUCUUUCCUUCUUUUGUGCUUGCACUCUUAUUGCUGUCUUUCUUUUUGUCAUAGUGACCUUUUUUUGUGCCUCAAAUCAAGAUGUCUUUUUGUUUUGAGCAUCAACUUUAACAUUCACCGCUCUGAAUAAUUGGGAGAAGUGAGUAACUUUUCAAAUGCGAGUAAAUUAGAUCUGUAAUUGCUCUGAAUGUCAAGUAAUCUCUAAAUGUUGUAAUAAGGAUGACUACUUUGUAAUAAGGUCAGGAAAAAUGACUGGAAGUAUUAUGAUAAAAUGCCCCUUGAGAAUUCUGCUCUUUAUUUGCCGCAUGUUUCUUGUCAAAGAAGAGGAGAGAAUGGUGAAUACUAAAAGGCUGCAUUUGACAACAGAGCAAAAAGUCACGGCAUGUCGAGCGCUCAGUGCUCACCUAAUAAUGCCAUUUUCCAAACAAGUUACAUAACGCUAUGACUUUUCCAAAUCCAAGACCCAUCUGAUGCACAUAACCUCAUUUUCAGCGUGUGUCAUUCUUACAAAACAGUAUUGUCACCCAGAUGGUCACCACAUUUGAAAUAUGUGUUUUAUUUACUGACUGAUGCCGAGGUCGCUUUUUAUUAUCUAUUGGCAAUAAUAUUCUUUAAUAUUUGUGUAUGUUGGCCGCUGAAAGUAAAUGAAACUGAAGCCAUUGUGGUCAUAUAAAUUAUUGAAACAUUAAACCCAAGCUCCAGCUGUUUUUACUUAUAACUAUCAUGCUGAGAGUUGAAUUAUGGUUAAUAGUUGGAUGGAGUACAAGGCAAUCGUUUCCAGGGCAACCACGCUGCCAUCCUCUUAUUAAACAUGCCGGUCACCCUGGAAUGAAUUGAACAAGUAGUUUUCAGUGGAGGUGUAACUCAGUUUUGACCCCCUGUCAGGCACCCUGGGUUGGGUACUUCUCCAUGUCUUCAUUAACUCUGCAGUCAGAGUUUUGGUCCGACCAGAUGGAAACCACUCAGGUACUUUACUUUGUGUUUUUUUAAACGGCCUGGUCACUGACUGUAUUCGCAGACAGACUGCUGAGUGCUGCUCUGUUUUCCGCUCAUUCUGGCAUCACGUAUCCUCAGCUUUCCCAGUUUUAAUUAAGCUAGAUUUUUCGUCCAAUACAUUUGGCAAGCUUUUGUAGGUGAUUACCAUUGUCAGGAAACGGCUAGGUUAAAUGCAUAUCAUAAAAAAGGGCUGAUUGUUCAGGAUGAGGCUUUUACAUUCUAUGGGCAACCUUCAAAAAGUCAUGAAAUCAGUUUGGUUACUCAGUAUGAUAUGAAAAGAGUCGUGGUAAAAGGCACAGGCCACUGAAUAGUUUUUUUCUAGACUACAAUCUGCAAAUAGUGCUUUUACUCUGAGCUGAGUGUGUUUUGUAUAAGUGUGUAAAAGUCAAGCAGCAGCUGUGAUGCUAAAGACAGAGUUAGUGUAGGGGAGACCGGGGCUGGUUGUCACACUUUUUACACUCAUAUAUUUCCCAAAAUCAUUACAUCAUAUAUUAUCAACAUGUGUACCAGAUAAAAGACCAAAGUCUCACGUACAUAUAAAUAGUAUUCAUGUCAUUUUCAUAUCUUGUGUCAGUGCAGAGUUAUAAGCAAUCAAAUAGAGAGUGAGAACAUGUGACAUGUUGCCCCACCAUCAGGUAAGUUGUCUCACUACAUGGGGUAAGAUGUCACAGUGGAUUUAGCAGCUAAUAAAACAAGGACAACAUUAUCGUUGUUCUCAUUUAUUUUACAUGAAAAAGAACACCAAAGUCAGGCGCAGAAAAUGUUUAUCAUUGAGCAAGAGAAAAAGUCAUUGAACACAGCCAUUGGUCGGCCAUGUUGGAUAUACCGGUGAAUCUGACGUCACAACGACACGAAAUCUGACACACAGUAUGCGAAAAUCCGACUGUGAUACGAAAAAAUAAAUGCCGCAAUAUCGGGACGGGAAAACAUCACUGAUGUGAACGCUUGUUUUGACAGGAUAUGGGUUUGAAAAAAGAUAUUGACAUUCGAAAUAAUCGCACGAAAAAAACGCUCCCAGUGUGAAAGGACCUUAAUUCCCACAAUCGUCUCAUUAGUUCUAUUUUAGAAAUGAACAAACAACAAAAACCUUUAAUCAGUGUAGGAAACUGUGCCUUUAAAAGUUGCAGAAGUAGUCGUACUCAUCCAACAGAUGAAUUAGGUGUCUGUAGUUCUGGCUAGUUACUUCCUCACAACUCUAAAACCUGUGUGUGUAUUCUUUCAUCCUCUCUGUCUGCUUCUCUGUUCUUGCCAGCUCACCUACUGUCUUUACUGUAUAGUCCAUUAAAUGUGUGAAUAAACACACACACCCACAAAGACACAUACACACAAAGACCCUCGAUUGUUGGGUGAAUCAUCCAAUUGGUGUUUGAGACAGAGUACAACUCUCACUGUUAUGUUAUCACACACACACACACACAUGCACACACAAACACACAAACAAACAAACAGCGGGUGGAUACAGAACGUCCCAGGCCCACAGUUACAGACUGCAUCCUCCACACAAACAGUGACACAGAGCUUGACAUACACUCUCACUUUGACUCCCACACACACUCUUCUCUUCCAUCACACACACACACACACACACACACUCACUUCAGAGAGUGUUCAGAGUAGUUUAUUUUUGUUGAUCAUCAGAAAAGGAGCGAGGAUGCAGGCAGAAAGAGCAAGGUUCAGCUUGUGAUUGUGAGGAAGACGAGGCCCGGCAGGUCGUGGGAAAAGAAGCAGCGAAGAUGUCAGAAAGGAAAGAAGAAGGGGGUUAAAAAAAGGGUGGGGACAGAGGAAAGGAUCUGUUGUUUUUUUCCUUACUUGAAAAUUAUUAUAAUGAGUUCCUAUAGGAGGAAUUCUCUACAUCGUUACUAUGACAACACAUAAAGGCCAACAUUGUUGGAAUAUACCACUGCCCCGAGGCUAGCCGGGGGUGUGCCAGGUGUCGGUGUGUAUAUGUGUGUGUUUGUGUGUCCUGUGAGUGGGUGGAUGGUGGCAGGGUAGACUAACAUGUUGAAACCCAGUGAACUGUAUGUUGUCUUUAUAUAAAAGCUGAAGGUUCAUGCUUUACAUAACAAAUAACAUCAAAUUCUUCAUUUGUGUGUAUUUGCAUUUCUUCAUGUUGCUGUGCACUUUGCUUUAACCCCCGUAAGAAACAUGUACAGCCACUUACUGUACGGAUGGUAUAAUUGGUAGCAUGCUGAUAAAGUAUAUUUAUGUAACUCCUCCUUUGGGCAACCAUAAGUGAAGAUUAGUUCAUAAAUAUCUAAUGAAUGUGAACAUAGUAAGUACUGUUUAUUAAUAACCACUCCACAUGCCGUAUAUCUGCAAACAAACCAGAUGCAGUACAUUUUACAGAAGUGUCGCAGUAUGCAUGUAUACUAGUGUUUGUGUGUGUUGCCAUUUAUCACAGGCUUUUGAUGUACUGCAAGUAAUAAUAAGUAGUAAUUGAUUCCACUCGUAAGGAAACGUAAAUGCGAGAGAGGGAAAGUAGAUAAUAAAAAGAGCAGGUUAAUCAAACAAAACUAACAAAAUACAACAAAUGCAAGACUGAGUAAUGAGACCUAGCAGGGAAUUGAAAAAGGCACCUGAAGGUAAAUCAAGAAAACAUUAGAUAAAACUAAAUAUCCAGGUGAGCAUUGUCCUGUUGAAGAAGUCUUUAAAAGCAGCUGAGAGUACAGCUGAUGCUCAGUCAUGGUUCAAAAGAGAUUUUUAUUUACCGACAUUUUGAAAACUUUGAUGAAACCUUUAUGCAUCAGGAAAUCUGCCUCUGUCAACAGAUUCUUCACACAUUUACACACAGAACAACAGACGUUUUUAAGUAGAGUUUUAUUCACUUAGACUAUGUUCACACUGCAGGUCAAUUCAGAUUUUUUAACCAUAUGUGACACAUGUCUGAUUUUUUUAAGGAAGUGUUAAUUUUUUCAAUUCUGACCCAGGCCUCGGAUAUGUGUCCGAUGUGACGGCAGUCUGGUCGUGUUCAUCCGACCUAUACAUCAUCAGUAUGCGUCAAACGUCACCAUUGUUUGACAACACAAACAGACGCGGAAAGCAAUUUGUGCACAUGCGGGUCACUUCACGGACGCAUUCUGUUCACAUUAGAUGCCGCAUUCGUUGUUGUAAUGUGAACGACCGCACAAAAAGAUCGGAUUUAACAAAAAAUCUGAACUGUGCAUUAUAUCCUGCAGUGUGAACGUAGCCUUAGAGAGUAAAAUUAUUGUAUCUGCAUUCACCAUUAAAAAUUAUAAGUAUAGACUGGUUUCAAACAUGCAUCAGCAGUGUUCAAACACACUCAUUACUGUAAGCCACCUAUACAUUUUAUGUUAAAGUUAUUGAUUUGUUAUGAAUUAGUUACAUACGUUGGCACUUGGGUCAUUUUGCUUUGAUAGUCAUGACUGCACAGACUCAGUACCAGCACAUGUGCAGACUUUCUUCCUUAAUGUAUAAAUUCAAGAAUACACCCUCUUUUUACAGACUCAAAGAAUCACUAUCACAAUAAUCAUAUCUGUCUGCCUUUCAAGAUACAGGAGGUCAUCUGACAACAGUAAGCUUUUAACACAAAACACAGUAAUAUUUAUUUAUUUUUAUUUAUCUAGCCUCUGUUUAACCAGGUUGGUCCCAUUAAGAUUACAGAUCUCUUUUACAAGGGAGACCUGGCCAAGAAGGCAGCAGCAUAAUUCCUUCAACAGAUAAAAUUCACAGCAUCUCAACAUUAAAACAAUCUCACAUAAAACAUUAACACACGGAUGAGGUAGAUUGUAAUGAUUUCACUAUAGUUUUAAAUUCAUUUAGUGUCACAAGAGCUUGAAGGCAAAGUUCAGGCUGUAGUUUAUUCCGGGUAUUAGGUGCUGAAAACCUAAAACCCUUCAUGCCCAGUUCAGUUCUUACUUUAGGGACAACUAACUGUAGAACAUCCAUAAAACGGAGAUUGUAAAUGCAGUAUGAACAGCAAGUGAAGCUUUUCACCUGUUCUUGUAGGCGUCAAAUCAGAGCCAGCCCAAGACAUAAGCGAACUAAGCGCCUGCUUAGGGACCCGCGGCCAGUAGGGGGCCCCCAAGAGCAAAAAAAAAAAAAGUAAUAUUUUUUAUUUUUUGCAUGUAUGAGUGAUGCUUUCAGUAUGAUCAGAUAUAUAUUGCUGUAAAAAUAAAAUAAAGUAAAAACAUUUUAGUGCUGCUGCUGAUGUAGGCCUAUGAUUCUUACUGCCAAUAUGUCAGAGCUCUGCUACCGUUAUGUGCCUCCUGCUGUGCAAUGUGCACUGAGCAUCCAAGCGCAGGUAGUUGUGGGGCAAAACAAUAUCACGAAAAAGGACAUAUCCUUCAAGAGCAGAGAAAAGAAAGAAGAAGAAGAUGUUUGCAUGUCAGGGAAUGUUAAUCAUAGAGAUUUGUGAAGGUGUGUGAAUGAUCAACAAUCAGUAUUAUUGGCAGAAAUAGAGGGCCCCAAAAUCACAUUGAGGCUUGGGCCAGCUCUGUGUCAAAUGUCAACACUAACUUCAGUCUCGGUCCUGAAGUUGCUGGUCUAACUGCAGACAUAAACAGUUGGUCGUUUAGCACCAACUGCUUCAGCUGACGAUUAACUCCAGAGGUGUGAUAGCCAACAGGUUUCAGCAUCGAAAAGUUUAAACAUUGUGAUGCUAAAUUAAAAAAUGCAGAGCAGCCAAAAUUCUCUUUGGGUUCAUAUUUUUAAAAAGCCUCAGAGAAUCUCGGAGGUUAUGAAAAAUGUUAAAAUGACAAAGAAGUUAUGUAGGCUGAUCCCAAACAAUUACAAGCCUUGUUAGCAAGUAAACAAACUUUAAAAUCAAUCCUUAAAGAUACUGGGAGCCAUUGCAUUUGGGUUAACAAGAUGCAGAGUAGAUGCUAUUUCAAGCCCUUUCCGUGCUUUUGUUUGUCUCUGUGUACUGGGCACACUAAUCACAUUUACAUUCUUUUAUUUUUAACAUCUCCCAGCCUUUCUUCUUCGGGCCCCUGCUGACCUGCUUGGUAAACUUCUUCCUCCUGUUUUUCUUUGAGACCCCCAAAAAAGUGCACUUUUAUCACGAGUUUGCAGGAGUGGGUGAUUCCCAAUUUUUUCCGACAGCAGCGUUGAUGGCUGCACUGAAAGGGAAACACCCAGGCGUACAAAACAAAUCACAGCGCACAGCCAUCACCAGCCGUGUCACUCUGUGGAGUUUGCAAAGAGGACCCUGCUGAAAUCAAAUGAGAGCAGGCGUAUACACAAACAAACCCUCAUGAGCGCACACCCACACCGAGAUUUCACACACUUAUAGCUUAUCUUGACAAACCAAUCAGCACCCUACUGUUUAUGACCAAACAGGGCAAUCCUGAGGACAUACAUGCGCACACUUCCAUAGCUCUGUACAUGUACACACUGUGCUGUUGUAACUCAGCACAGGCUCAUUUUCCCCUCGAUCACAGACAUGUAUGAAGGCUCUGAGGGUUUUCCAUCGGCUCUCAUCAUAUUUUAUUCAUACUUUGUGAAUAAACACAAAUAGAGUGGAUGAGUGUAUAGACGACGCGGGCACUAAUGUCGUUUGUGCCUGUUUGUUACAUUUUACUGACUCCAGCCAAAGUUAUUUUAGGCGGAAGCUGCCUUAUCGUUUCCAGUGCGUGCACGAUGAAAUCUUGGUUAUUUCCCACAUACGCUUUAAAAUGUUGCAUGCCUCUGUGCUCUUCCUCUUGACCUCACUUUUUCCUCUCCUCCUAUAUCUCUACAUCUCCUCUUCUUGACUCUCCUGCUGUGAGAUGCACACUCUUGCACGCAUGAAUUAAGGAACACUCAUACAUUUUCAUUAAAUACUCUUAAUCUUAAUUCAUUGCUUAUCAGAAGAUAUGACCUCAUUAACAUCGCCUUCUUCUCCGUCUUCCUCCAACCACUCCCUCAGUAUUUUUUUAUUUACCCAUAACCCUUUGCUCUUUUUAUCUUUUCCUCCCUUCUCCCUUUAUUUUCCUUCCUACCUCUGUAGAGGACCCUGCGAGCACUCAAACCCCUGUUGAAAACAGUGUCUAAUCUAAAAGUUAAUUAAGUCUGUCUUCCUCCCUGUGUUCCUGCUCCUCUUCACUGUCUCUCAUGCAUGUCUUUCUGCUUGAGAGACCGCUGUCAGUCUCUCCCAAGUGACUGCACCAUGUGUCCCAUGUGGGCAGAGUUGGAAAAACACUAAAAAACGGCCCAGUCUUUUUUUACACUUUUACACUUUCUGCAGGCCUGGAGCCUCAGGUGACAGAAGACUGACACCAUGUAAUUCAGAUUGACAGCAUCUAAUUAAAUUAAAUGAGGUGGUGUCAAUCUUUGAUGUGCCGUUUUCUCUUUAAGGGGCCUAUUUUUUCAGCGUCAUAUAGAGGCGAUAUAGACGGGAUCUCACACCAGAUGGAUUGGAAGUGAAAAUAGACUUGGCUUGCCUCUCAACAUGAGGAAAUGUGGAUCUGGAGCCGAGCUUUUCCUUCUUAAUCCUCUCCUCCCUCCUCCAUUCACUUCUCCUUCUGUUAUGUGGCUUCCUUUCCUUAUAUUUGUCCUUUCUCCCUUCAAUCAUUCAGGCUAAUUCCCCUGGACCAACAGCCACCGAUUCUUUACUGACUCACUUAUUGCUCUAUUUUCUCCUCCUCCUUUCCUCUCUCUCUCUCUCUCUCUCUUUCACAGGGUGCUGGUUGUACGGCUCUGGUGGUUGCUGUGGUAGCCAGGAAGCUGGAGCUGACCAAGGCCGAGAAACACGUACACAACUUCAUGAUGGACACGCAGCUCACAAAAAGGGUGUGUAGGCUUGUUGGCCGUGUGAAUGAGUGUGUCACGCAUGAAUAAAACAAAACUAUAAUUUGUAAAAGAAAGGUCACAUUCUCUGCGAGACAGAACUGUGAUUUAUACAAGUACAGUUUUUAUGUGCCAUAGGGGAUGUUGGUCUUUAUUCUGGCAUUACUUGAAGGUUGUACAGAAGGUGCUUGGCGUUCUGGUUUGUCCUUUUCCUGCCCCACCUUCAGGCACCCCAAUUACUAUCAGUCCGUAUUGUUGUGACAGAGUGAGGUGUUAUUUGAGUGAGUGAAGGGAAUAAAAGGUCAUCUCUUUCUCACUUUCUCUUCUCUGAUCCUCUCUUCCUGUCUCUCCUUCUCUUCAUCUCCGAUCUUUUUCCUCCUUUGCACAUUACCAUCCCUCAACCCCCUGUCUUCUCUGACAUUUGUCUCUCUUAAAGUAAACCCUUUCCUCUCUCUCUAUUUUUCACAUUCUCUUUUCUUUGCGGACUCCUUCCAUUCAUCCUCAUGCCCCCCUCCCUGCCUCAUUCCCUCUAUCUCUCAAUCCCCUUUUCUCCUCCGGUCCUUUUCAAUUUUUCAUAAAGUUGAAAGACCCAGGUUUCAGAAAUAGCUCCCAUAUCAAAUAUGUAGGGUACAUUAUGUCAGUGGGGGUAUCUGGGUGACUGAGAGGGGCAGGGUGAUCAAUGAUUUCAGCGUUGAUAAAAUAUCGACAGAGAGGAUGAAUUGACCCUCUGCUGCAGUCAGACUCACUCACUUCAUCUUCCUGCAGGCUGUGUUCGGGUCAACCAGAGUGUUUUCACAAGGCAUUUAACACCUUGACAGUGUGUUUGUAUGUGUGUGUGUGUGCGCACAUGUGUUUGUGCGUGGGAGAGUUUUUGCAUGCAAAGGACUGGAAAGCUGCAAUUCUUGUGACCCAUUUGGACUAAAUUGGUAGUGGUUGUUCUUCAGGGAUGUAAACUGCAUUCCCCAUAACCAACAUACAGCUCUUUCCAAGUUGUUUUGUAGAGGCGAGUGAAUGAACACAGAUCCUCUUUUUAAUUCUACUGUUAAAGACCCACUCUGUUGAAAAUCAUGUUUUUCUUGUUGUCUACAUGUUUAUAUGGCAUUUUUCUGAUGCUUGAGGACUCAUCAUGAGAAAAAUAAGUGCAAAAUGGUUUUUCAGAGUAUUUCUUUAUUCAGAUUGCUGUGAACCUCUGGCAGACCCAAACGGCAGGUUCAGACCAUAGACUGUAUAUACUAUAGACAACUUGGUUCUGCCUUCCGCCAGUAUACAGAUUUGAAGCCGUAUACUUAAGCUCUCGAUAAUUCUUCAUUUUUUCUCCACUUCCUAAAACCAACAUUGCGCAGUAGCAUUGUGCGCAUUCGGCGGGAGAGUCGCCGAGAGUCACUGUGAUGACGCUCGGCUUAAACAGUGUAUCUCCUGGGUGAGCUACGCAAUCUUCGUACGCCCAUAGGCUGUAUUAAGUGUCAAUCAUAGAAAACAUGAACCCCCUAAUAACUUUUUAAAAUGGAGCUGCACAGAAAAAAAGAGGACUUGAGCACAAACCAGUCUUACAAUAACUAAAUGUCAAAAUCGCAAAGAUUUAUGUUCUGUGUAAUAAAUUAAGCUUUGCUGGAUGAGGCAGGGUUUAUGACCUUCACUGCAACCCGUCACCAGGGUGUGCUGUUCUUGGAGUGGCUUCACCCAGCAAGGAGGCAGACGCUGUCCAUUCUACAUAUAGAGUCUAUGGUUCAGACACAGUGGGAUUUUCUACGUCACAAUUUUAAGCUCCGCCCCCUGUGCCCCGCUCUGCAGGCCAGACUUCGAGAAGUAGAGAGGAUGAUUGCGGAACAAGCGUGUGUGUUAGCGGACUGCUGUGCUAGUAAGAAAGCUAAUUAUUAUAUAAGCUUUCCUCAUCAUACCCCUAAAAACAUUAGUGUCCGAGAGCUGAAUAACUCUGAUAGUACUGCACCGGCAAUGUUAGGCUACAAGUUAGCAUGAAGAGGAGUGUGCAGAGCAGCUCUGUCUCCACCCACGACUCAGAGGUGAAUUGCUAAUGAACUACUGGAGCUCUGCAGAAGAAAAGCCCAGGUAACAGGUAACAUGAUUUUGGCAAAAAACUUCAUAAUCACAAUUCAAAAAAUGAAACUUUGAACAGCAAAAAAAAAAGUGGGACUUUAAAGACAACUUACUGUAGGAUGCAGAGUGAUUUAGAUAUGUGUCAGCUCAUAGAGGUUUAAUUAACUGUAGCUUAUGUGAUUAAAAAAAAUUGCAAACUCUGAUUUAUUGGCCUACUGUGAGUAAGUUUAUACAAGGAAACCAGACGUUCUGGUUUUGUGUUACCUAUCACAGCUCAGGGGUCAUUAUGUGUGCGGCAGUGUCCAAGUAAGUUUCUAAAUAACUUAAAUAUUUACUCGGUUUAACUUUUUUAUCUCUGAGAGCGAUGAAGGAUGCACAGGCUGAUGUAAUGCUGAGAAACAGCAGCCUGCCAAGAAUUAUAUGCAAUUUGCUGGAGCACUUUCUGUCCAAAGAUCCACAGCAAUGUAAAGUUUAAAACUGAUGUAGUUCUUAUUUGUGGGGCUGAAAAGGGAAGAGAAAUAACCUAAAAUCUAAAGUCUAUGAUACUUCUUUUCAUUUAUUUUAAAAAGACCCAUUAAAAAAGUGUUUUGUUUAAUGUAUGGCUGAAAAAUGUAGUCCUUUGCAACUCAAAAACAUCAAACUUUGGCAGAUUUAUUGAAUUUUAUAGUGCCACUAAGUGUUCGGGGUUAUUUAAGCCCACAUUAUCAUUCAGCAGAUAUCUACACUGAGAAGUAAAAUGAACACAAGUUAUUAACUGACAUGCUCUGAUGGAAAUGCUACAGUGUGUGCAUGCUGUGAGGCAGAUUUGUGUUUGAAUCAGAUUAUAAAUUUGGAAAUUCUCAAUGUUAUUUAUUGACAAAGUUUCACAGUGUGUGCUGGAAAUCAUUGAUAGCCGUCUCUCUUUACCGAAUUCCUGGUUGUAGAGUUUCUUUGUAGAGAGCGCAGACCUCCGCCAAGCAGCUCAUGUCCCCCCUUAUAUUGUGAUUCACACCAAAACUUUUACUGUUUCGUGUCUUUUAUGAACUUUUAUUUGUGUUUAAACUGGUAUGUUCACUGUUCGUAAUGUUCCUAAAACAAGAAAUGCCCUGACCCGGAUUCAAACCCAGGACCUUCUUGCUGUGAGGCGACAGUGCUAACCACUACACCACUGUGCCGCCCAUUGGUUAUCUUUCAGCACUGAAAAUUCCAACGACACCCUUAUUUUUGUGUGUUCUGGAUCACAGUAUCCAGAAUUUUGUCUGGAUCAGGAUCAACCUUUGACACCUCAUAAAACUCAUUGAGAUCCUUUUGUGUAAUUUUUUACUAAAGACUCUGGCCAAAUUCCAAAAUUUGCCCUAUCUCACAAUGAUAAAGAAUCCUUCCCUGGAUCCAGAGGACGAUCCGGAUCACCACCAAAAUUUAAUGAGAUCCUCCUGGGGCUGAGACGCACCUCUGGUGAAAAUUUCAGGUCAAUCCGUCUGUUACUUUAUCCAUAAAGUUGCAAACAGAAAAACAAACAAACCAACCAACAAACAAACCAACGCUACUGAAAACAUAAGAUGGAAAAAAGCAGAAGUGAUCAUAUCUCAUCAGCUGUAAUGUAAAGAAGAAGAUAAUACUGUAUAUUUCUAGGUGGAGGUCCUCUAAAUCCAAUAAAUCAAGUCUUAACAAUGCCAGUCAUCAGCUAAGGGAGGUGCCGUACAGCACUAAAAUUCAACGUAUUACAGCCUACCGCUGGGUGACAUUUCCUUCAAAGGGUCUUGGGUUUAUGUGGUGGUAAUUGUCCCCCACCCUCUAUUACUGAGAGAGUAAUGAUUGAAGCUGUUGUAUGCACAUUGAUUUACAUGGCAGGGGCCAUUCUCUGCCAUAUCAUUGUAACAAGGAAAUACAAUCACUCAAGGCUUCAUCAUGAAUUAUGCAUUUAUAGACCCUACAUCCUGUCACCACCACAUGUUCACACACAAACACACAGAUGGACACAAAAAGCACACACACUGUCUUUUGAAAUCAGUGUAAUUGUGUCCCCCUCCAUCGAACAUAUAUUAAUAAAAUAGUCAGUGAAGCUCUUGGCAAGCGGACACUGUUGCAUUAAAUAUAUCGUCGUUUUCUAUAAACAUGUGAAUAGGAAGUGUUGGCUGUUUUUGCUCACCAAUACCUGUAGCUGUAAAACUGCAGGUGGAACAUUUCUGUAGACAUCUGUGUACCCCACAUUUUAUAUUUAUUCAGACAACUUGAUGUUGGUGCUGACACUUGUGUGACACAUUUUUGAACAUACUUCAGACUGUCACUUUCUGUCCUCCUGAGGUUUUCUCGGCUUUCAUCUUCAGAUCCCAUUUUUUGGACGGGUCUGACAAGGCUGAGGUUGAAGUCUUGUGAGGUGUGAAGUGAAAGCGGAAGACCUUUGAAAUCUUAUCGGGGAGGAUCAUUUGGUUUUGAAACUUGUAAAGUUUAAUGCAUAAGCUUAGUUUUCAUUCAGUGUUCAUGGAAGUGUUCUCACUUUUAUUAGAUUAACAUGUAUGUUAAUUCGAUUACACUUACAAAGCCUUUAAGUCUGCCAUGUGUCGGGUAUUUGAAGCGCUUAUGUUUGAAGUCAGGACCAGUCUUAAAUGUGUUUAAAAGAUUGUGAUUGCCACUGCAGACUAUGGCUCUAUGCUUUAAGUAUUUAAGAAGACCUUUAAUACUCCAUGACUCACCUUUUCUUUGGUCAGUUUGAGGAGCUUUUCAUGAUUUUCAGCUGCUAAAAAGAAGUUUAAAAAAACAGGGUCGAAUAGAGUUAAGGCUGGGAUAACGCCCGGGGGAUUUCUAAGAGUACAAUCCAGUGAAAAGGGCUACUGAGGCAAUUAGCCAGCUUACCACAAAUAUGACAACUAGAGUCAGUUUUUUAUGUUUUUAUUCAUUUUCUCAACCUUAUUAAGAGGUGGAAAAAACAGUUCUUCCUGUUAAGUCACACUCUGAUUGUGUAUUCUCCCUCCACCCUGGACCGGUGGUUAAUUCAGAGUGCUUCCCAGGGUCCCUGUGGCAUAUUCAGUGCCUUGCCCUCUCUGAAUAUUCAGAGUACACCCUUGGCUUAAGCUAAGGAGGAGGUGCUGCUAUGCCUUCCAAUGUUUACAACACCAGCCAAAUGACCCCCAAAGAUUACUAAUAAGCUAGUUUUUUUUUUGUUUUUUUUUGUAUUCUUCACUGGAAAAAAAAACUCCACUAGCCUGAUAAUUUCCACCCCAGCAAGAUAGAUCCUUAUUAGUGUGGAUGCAUUGUGACUGGGGCAAAAAUCAAUACAACAUUCAAUAGAUGCUUUCAUACUUCUCACUGAUGUUUAUUUCUUUUAACCAAUUGAACCUGAGUGUGCUUUUCCCUUUUAAGAGCGCUGUCUGGAUGUAUCAAGCUUCAGCGUGUUUUGCUCCCACCUGUGGAAUAAAAUGUGCCAGAUAAAUAAAGAUUGUCCUGCUUUCUCUGUAUGCGGUGGGUGUCGACUACCAAAGGCAUUCAGGAGAGUUUUAAAACUUGUAAAAGCACAUUUUACAUCAUUUUGUCAAAGAGUCUUUGACACCUUAAUUUGCUCGAUGGAGUUUAGAAAAGAAGAAAACAAUGACUGGUUAUUGACUUUGUUUUGCAAGCAAAUAACUGAAAUGUGUCUUUAUUUCUUAUUAAAAAAAAGUCACAUUAUAAGAAGUUUAAUUCCACAUUGAGACAAGACAAAUAAAGAAAAAGACUCUAUCCAAAAGUGCAGCAGGGUCUACAUGUAGACGACUUUGUUUUCAUUAAUGCGAGACCACUUAUAUGUGUGUGUCUGCCUUUGUGAGUGUGUGUGUUCAGUGUGCAACCUGACACCGUUCCUAUAAGGGAAGGUCAGAGGAGGUAAUGCUACAUGUCACCAUGGCUCACGCAUGGGGUGGGAGGUUGUUGCCAAGUUACAAAUACAUACCGUGUUUGUUUACAUUUUCAGCUCUUCUCCAAAACAGCUACAAAUCCAGCACAUAAUUACUUCUUUGAUGAAUAGGUCAUUAAUUGUCUCCAGGGUCACAGGGGUCAGAUGCCUCAGUGCCUCCUUUAAUGUUAGAAAACGUCUCCAUGGUGAUGAAAAGACAUAAAAACAAACCAGGAAAUGAUUCUUUGCUUUGUGUAAAUUAUAAGAAAACAGUGCAGGGUUCGUUUUUAAUUUCUGAUACAAGUAUGCUAAUGUACAAGAUGCUUUACUGAUAUACUGUAAUUAGUAGCGAUUUUGUCAGUGGUGAUGACAUCCUUAAAAUGUUUCUAUUUAUACUGAUUGAUUUAUUCUCCACAAUAUGUCAUCUAACACCCAACAUGCUGAGGUGUGGGAACCCCUUGUUUAAACAGAUUUCUCAUGUACCUGCCAUAAGGUGUGCUGUGUAGGAGAGCAGCCAGAACAGAUCUUUGACCCUAACCAGCCAUAUGGCCCCACCAUGGUUGCCCAACUACAGACCAUAUGGUCCAAAAAUGGCUGCCGCUGCUGUCGUUUGGUUUCUCAUGGAGUAUUAUUAGCGGUUCUGUACGAGUCCUUUUUGUUUUUUCUUUAAUGGAGCUCCCGUCUUUGCAGUGUGAUAUUAUCAGUCGCUGUUAUUUGCAUGUGGAGCGGUUCCCAAGAUUUAAAUGAAGGGUGAAGCUUAAUUAAAAGGCCCUGGAGUAGCAGAUCAGACUCCUUCUGCGCUGCUGGACUGAUGUGGGAAGUUUGUGUGGAAACUUAAGAGUAAACCGUCAAGACAGGCACAACAUGCCAUCAUUCAUCAUAUUGCACUUAUCCUGCAGUGAUUAAUCAGCUGAUAAACAUGAUAUGACGUAUCAGUUUAUUAAUAUGCUCUUCCGUAUCACAGCUCAUCAUUAAAACUUGAGAUUCUGAAUUUGAUGUAAACAUAAACCUCUUCCCUAAAAUGUCCUCUCUAUCAGUGUGGGAACAGACUUUAAAAUUUAUAUUAAAACACCAUCUGAAGAAAAGGAACGUACCCAUCAAGAUAAUAGCAGUGGUGUUGACAUGAGCGCCGCAGGGCCAAAAAAACAGGAUGCCUUAUUUUGACAAUUACUCUUAAGCGUCUUUGCAGCACUGUCACUGCGUGUCCUUGCAAUAUUUAGACGGGUGAGAGUUUUGUAAUUCUAUUCGAACACACCAGGAGAGAAAAACAUGGGUUUACAUCCAAAUCUUAGGAGUCAUUGCAGACUAAAUUUACAUAUUUUUGAUGUGUUUUCAUGAUAGGUAGGAGUGUGAAUGAAAUCAGAAGGCUAACCAUCAUCAUACCAAAGGGACAAUUUGACCAUGUGACUAAAUCUUCAAAAGGGGUCUCACAUGUAAUGUAGGGCAUGUUGGAUUAGCUCAUUUUGGUGUGACUUCUUCUGUGUGAUUGAAAACACAUCUGCAAAGCCCAGAUCCUUCUCCUCCUCCUCCUUCUUCUCCUCCUUCUCCUCCUCCUCUCCUUCUUCAUCUACAUCUGAUACUGUGUUAGUCUUCAUGCGUGUACAUGUCAGCGUGUGUGUGUUUGUGUGCAGUCCUUGGCUGUGGCAGAUAGGUGCUGAUUAGCCAAGCUGCUGGGAUCUUUUGUGCUCCUCAGACGGGGGUAUAAUUGUUCUUUGUUCAGUGCUCAGCAUCUCUUUGAUGUCUCUCCUUCAAAUUAUGUCCUUACAGAUUCUCCCUCUCUUUUUCUUUCUCCAUGGUAUCCUCCUGCGCUCAUUUUUCUUGUAGCCAGGUGUCAGACUCUGCUGUAAUUACAUGUCAACCUAUAGAGAUAAACACCAUAUGAAAUACACUGGAGCAUUUGAGGAUACCAUGUAGGAAUUUCUCUUUAUGACUAAAAUUCCAAGAAGAAAAAAAAAAAUCGGUAUUUAAUUAAAUGGCAGAAAUUUCCCAUUUGGGAGCUACAACUAAAAAAAAAGAAAUGACCGUUGUUCCAUUAACUGUAAUAGCUUUUAAGACUUCCAUCUGUGAGCAUCAUUAGACACACUAUUUCUCUAACAUACCUUCUGCAUGAAUGGGGAUUGUCUUUGUCAGCUAGUUUAAGAGCAGCCACUCAUGCUAUUUUGUUUUAAUUCAGUUGCUUUCAUAAUUAAACGCUUUUAAUGAACUACGGUGGUACUGUUGCGAAUUAGCUCCAACCAGCCAAGAUAAUGCAGCCCAUUUAAGUUGGUCUAGAAUAUAAUGUGGCAUAAAGACAGACUGAGAGAGAGAGAGAAGUGUGUGAGGGGGAGACUCCUGUUAGGUUCUCAUUGCCAAAUCUCCCUGAGGAGAGAGCUGUUUAUGAAAAGCAUUGGCAAGUGAGCUGGUGUGUGCAGAAAGAGAGAGAGAGACAGAGAGACAGAGAAAAUGAGGGCAGCCUCAAAGAUGAGAACCGUGGUUUGUUUGUUUGUUUUUUUCUUUUCAGGAAGAUAAUGGAAAAGGGUGAGGAAAGAGGGAUAAACCUGUUGCCUAAACCAGUUGCCAAGGGCUACUUGUUGCUUAUAAUGCAUGUUUGUAAUGUGUGUGUUUUUUUUUCCUUUUCGUCUGGGUGCAGAUAAAGAAUGCAGCAGCUAAUGUGCUAAGGGAAACCUGGCUCAUCUACAAGCACACCAAGCUGAUGAAGAAGAUUGACCACUCCAGGGUCCGCAAGCACCAGAGGAAGUUCCUCCAGGCGAUACAUCAGUGAGGACGCACCUUAUAUGCACCCACACACACACACACACACACACACACAACCAUGCCGCUGAGAUCAUAAAGCCUUUGAAAUCAGCUGUACUUUCUGUCCACCCACUGGUUGAAUCAACACUGAUAAUCAGAUAAAGUGCAUGAUUCCACACACACACGCAUAUACUCAGAGGGACACACAAAAUGAUUCAUAAUCUCCUAAAGUACUAAAGGGCAUGAUCACUACAGGAAAAUACAGUUGUGGGACUUAGUAAUCAGUGCAUUGUGUACUAUUAGACACUCUCUAAUCAUUAUCUUUAUCCGUGCUUAGGAGUGUUGUUGAUGCUGUUAAUAGGGGAGACUGGGGAGAGCUGUAACAAGAGACAGCCACAAUUAGUCCCGUUCCUCCGAAACUGCCAGAGAGGUGGCUCUCCUACUGCACAUGCUUCGUUGGAUUUUCCACCCACAGUGGAUUAAAAGUCUCUAAUUUACAGCUGAAUUUAUUGAAGAGAAAAAAAAUCAUUUAGAGGCAUUAAGGUGUUUGUUUUCACAUGUCCUGAACUUUUGUGCUAAUUAGACAAAAUAAACUUAACUUGAAAGUAAGAAAGGUGAGCAUGCUUAGCUAGCUGGAAAAAAAUGGAAAAAAGUGAUCAUUUUAUUGUACAGUAUGUUUUAAAUGUACUUAUUGGGACAAAAAGCAAACAUUAGCGAGUGAAUAAGUAUUUUCAAGACUUUGCUACUGAUGUCCUCCAUCCAAACAAAUGCUUUAGUAUAUUAAUCUUAUAAUGAAAAUAGUGUUACAGUUAUCCCCUGUCUCCCCUACAAACAGCUGAAAUUAAUUCUAGUUUUCUACUAUUUUUUUUCCUCUGUGCUCAGUUGUGUUUCAUGAUUGUAUAAAUAACUGCAGGGGUGACUGUCUCAAGGUAUUUUACUUAAAGAUUGUGUAUUCUGCCUGGCAUCGCAAUUCAGAGCCCCUCUUUUAUGUUGCCUGCCGCUUUGAUCUUGAAUGGUUCAGUCUAGACUUUAAGAACAAGUGUCUUCAAAAGACAGAGUCAAGGGACCAAAGACUCUUUUAAUUGCGACAUCGAAAAGGCUAAUCCUGAAGCAUGUGGACCAGCUGACUCUGCGCUCAAAGUGACAGAGUAAGAAUCAGGCAAUUAUAAAUGCUUUUACUGGUUCAAACUUGUAAAAUUGAAAUGUGGAUGUCUUCAUUAGAAAGGGAAUUUAAAGUAGCCUGUAACCGAUAUAUCUGCAUUUGCAUCAGAUAGAAAACUUAACAUGGGGGUGGCUUGUACUUGGAUUAUUAUAAUGAAAGUUAAAAACUGAUUAAAUUAAAUUAAAAAUGAACUUUAAAGGAAGUUAUUUUGAAUGCAUCACAGUGAUUCACUUGAGGCAUAUAGAUUAACAUUAAACAUAUUUCUACCCUCUUAUACUAUAAUGAAGUUUAAAUUCUGAUAUAGCAUUUACACUGCAUAAUUUUUCUGUGUUUUUCAAUCCUUUUCUUUCUCAUAAUUUUUAUUCUAAAGCAAACUUUCUGAAACUGUCUGAAUCCCACAACCUUCUUCAUAACGAAUCAGAAACUGUAAUCCAUGAACUUUUUUUGUCUGUUUCAUGACUAAGACAGUUACGAAUUAGUAGACGUGCCUGCCUGCAGUUGCUCCUUUUAUCAUUUGUAUCUCUCCUCCUCCUCCUCCGUGCCAGACUAACUUCACAGGGUGAAAAAGAGAAAGUCUAAACUGAACUAUGACUAUUUUUUCAAGUGGAGGGUAUGAGACACUCUAAGACACGAGGCUUUCUCUGCUGAGCUUUAAAUGCCUCCUCCCUGAUGCAAGGCAGUGAUAGAUGGCACCACCACUGGGGUAGUUUGCUGCGCGCGAGUAGAGAGAUGAGGUCCAUAAUAUCUGGCGAGUAACUUCAAUAAUGUAGACCAUGUGAAAUGACUUUCAGCUGGAGCUUUAGGGGGAAAAUAGCACACAGUGAAAGAACAGUUCCCUGGCUAUGAAACUCAUGGACAUUACAGAGAUUUGACUGAAAUGGAGUCAUAAGUCCAGACAGUGAGUAAACCCAGCAGGAGAGAGACGAGGAACAUGGCGGAGCUGCAGGGUUCAAACAGUACAUGCUGCGUCAUAACAUUAGAUUGGCUUUUUAAAAUUUUGGACCCAACAAGUAUAUAAAAAUGAGAAAGCAUUCAUGUAUAUCUCAUUAUCUAGCCCAAAUCUGAAUUCUUACUUUAUCCUAGAUGACCGGUCUAAAAUCAGGCUACCACAGGUCGAAAAAUGAACGUUUUUUAGACGUAUAAAUUUAGACUGAGUUUAUCUGGGCUAUAUCUAUACUACACUGAAUAUUGCUCAAUGGCUAUCUUUAUUAUUUUGGUUAAGUACUUGGAGAUCAGUUAUGCAACAAAGCAUCAGUUAUUAAAUAAUGGGUUAAAGUGCGACGUUUAAAUUCUGUCUAAAAAUAUACAGAAUCUAGACGGUUGAAAUUAGGUUUAAAAAAAAACCUAGACGUCUAAUAGCCGUCUGUUGCUCAGUGGGUUAUUUAAAUUAAGGCUCAUCUUUAUGCAUACAAAGUUGUGUCCCAGUUGGAUCAUCCCAGUCACUGAAAUGUUGACUUGCCCUUGUGUGGCAUGAAAUCACAGAUUAGACCUAUGGCUCAUAAUUAUUUUGGGAGUUUUGAGAGUCAUCCACUCCCUGUAGACGAUGAUUCAUUUCAUUUUAUUUUAUCUCAUUUUAUUUGCCUCAGUUUGUUUCUCUAUUGGCCCCUUUUUCCUGCAGGUUCCAGACAUUAAAUAUGAUAUAAAAAAUGUUCUGUUACUUUUGGGUCUGCCGUCUCCAUGUUGAUAAUCUCAUUCGUAUUUUCAGUUUUAUUACAGAAAUACUGGGUUUGAUAGAGCACUGUGUUUUGGUUGUGUUUGGACAUUAAAAUCCACCUGCGCACCUCAGGUAGACAUUAGGCUGGGGUAAGCAAGGUGACCCCUCCGCAGUGUUGUUGUCUGGACCCUAAGGGAUCAAAUCUCAGGGCCGACCACGGUGUGUUUACAGGGUUUCAACCUUUAUGAGUGUGUACGUCUGUGUAAUCUGUGUGUCUGUCUGUUUACAGAUUACGCAGUGUGAAAAUGGAGCAGAGGAAACUCAGUGACCAGGCCAACACGCUGGUGGACCUCUCAAAGGUAAGACACACUCACUCAUCACACACUUUUAAGACGCUUGAUAACGUGAUCCUAAAAUGCCUUCACCCCCCAAAAAUAUAUCACCUCCCCUCUUCGAGCACUGACCGGCCCGCUUCUGUGGCUUUGCGUUUCCUAGCAACCAGAACAAGUGUUAAAACAGGGAUGACUGAGUGAGAGAGCGAGGAGGAUAUGAGAGGAGAGAGGGAGGGGAGUGCUCAUGUUUUUCUGUAACUGUGUGGGUGUCUGCGUGAGAAUGUGAGUGCACACGUCUGUGAGUGUGCAUGUGUGUGUGUGUGUGUGUGCGAUUAUCGAAAAAUACUAGAAAGAGAGAGGGAGAAGAAGAUCAAGAGGGUUUGCGUGCAUCCGUGGUCUUCCAUGGGGCGAUGCCUUCAGCACCAAAUAUUUAGCAAUUACGCCAUUUCAAUGACUUCAUCUCGAUUGGCCACUUGUGCAUUUUGCCAUGGUUACAGAGGCCAAGAUGUGCAAGGCAGGGACACUCUGCUGCCUUCCUUUCAUUCUCUCUCCUUUCUCUCUUUCUUCACACAACGUUAUAACGCCCACACAGAGACUUCCCUCCAGCUUCUACUCCCUCUCCAACAUUUUUCCUCUCGCUCACUCACUCCUCCCUCGCUGCACGACCAGCCCUCUUCAUCACUGUAGUUUCUCGCUCUUACUAAUCCCUGUCUUUUCGUUUCUUUUUCAAUCCAAAAACAAUAUAAUAUCCUUAAUAAAACAACCCUCAUCGUUCUCGUGUUUAUCCGUCUCUCUCGUUCAAAGUGUUCUGUGUGCACUGAGUCAUCUUUUCUUCUCUCCUCGCAGAUGCAGAGUGUCAUGUAUGAGCUCAUGUCAGAGCUCAAUGACCGCAGCGAGGACUUGGAGCGCCAGAUGCUGUCCCUGGAGCAGCGGGUGGAACAGCUCACCGCCGGCUUCAACACCCUACCCGCACAUCUCUCUGCUACCCUCAGCGCCCAGCACGCCGCCUUGGUCCACUUGCUGCGGGAAAGAGAUGCAAGGGACGGUAGGGGAGGUGGUGGUGGGGAUGGUGGUGGUUUAGGAACCGCUAUGGUUCCUCUGUCCCCUGCUGCUUCUUUAACAAGUCCUCCACCUCCAGUUUCACCAGUCCAGGUCACAUCUCCAGUUAGUCCCCCUUCCCAGGUUACUACUCUGGCCUUGGAGUCUCCCCUGUCACCUCCACCUGUGAGCCCUGAGGGCAGCCUGGAGGUCAGUCCCAACCCCAAUACCUGCACUUCUAGCUGCUGAGGACGGCUCUGAGGACCAGGAGAGGACAAAUAUGAAGAGAGAACGAGGACGGAGGACUAGAGGCCAGGCUAGUCCUGUUACUUCAAACUAAAGGAAAGAAAAUAAGAAGGGAGGAGGGGGAGAGAAAUGAGAGGUGAUCCUCUGGAGCCGGAGCGACGAAAACAGCACCAUGAGGAGGGAUAAUAGGACUAAGAUGGAGGGGCUGUGUGAAUGAUGAGACACGUUGGGGACUUUUGGGCGCUUUCCUUAACGAGGGAAGAUGAUAAAAUGGAGACUCUAAAAGGUGUGAGGGGGAGGAAGGACGUCAAGAGGGUGAGAAAUGGAGGAAGAGAGGAUGAGGAGGGGGAAGUAGAGAGGGAGGAGAACUAACUAGGAAUAAUUAUAUGAACUCAGAGCUCCAAUUACUGAAAAAGGCCUUUUAUUCUCUCUCUAUCUGUCUAUCUCUCUCUUUCCUUCCCCCUCUCCCAAUCUCUCUCCCCCUUCAUCAGGAAUUAAUGACCAUGACUUUUUAUCCUUAUGAUGUAUUUUCUAUCUGAAUGCUAAUUGUGUGUUAACGAGCAUCCCUUUAACAGAAGGUUCAAUCAAUAUGACCAAUAUAUAUUUAAAAAAAAAAAAAACUAGUGGCAUGCAUCGCACACGCACUCACACAUACACACACACACACACACACACACACAUGCGCGCAACUAACUUUCUCCACGCAAUACAAGUGAACACAGCACAAACCCUAAUACACAAUCUUUCACAAUGCAGGCCCUAAUUAAACCCACACAGAGGAAUGAAUGCAGAAAACCCACAAGAUAAUACUAAAGCCUAUACUGCCAAGCACUCAAUGCACUGUCAAUCACAACACAGCACUGCCAAGUAAUGUUGACGCACUGUAAAAAAAAAAAAAUGUUCAUCCGAAUGAGCUCUCUUUUGUGGCUGUGAGCUAUUGCAGUAGUUUAGAUUUACAAUGCAUAGUUGUGACAUUUUAAUCACUCACUCGGGAGGAUUGUAACCGUUCAGUGAACUACACAAAUUACAGAUCAAGUUGAAAUAAGUAAGUAUGACACCAAGGGAUAUGAGUCACUGCAACAUCUGUUUGUGGUGCGGUGGAAGUAGCACAUGAGAAAAUAAACACAAAUAACUACAGCAGGACUUAAUUACAACAUAAAUUGAGUUAAAAUGAACUGAAUUUGCUUUACUAAAAUAAGCUCUGAAUAUAUUUUGUUUGAUAAAAUUCUGUCAAAGUCUUGGAAAAUUAUACAUACAAAUCACAGAAAAUGAAAAAUUUAUAGUGUAUGAAUAUGAGAAUAGAUGACAGUACAAAACAGACUGAGAAUUUAAGAGAUUUAAAGAUGGAGUUUUAUUUUUUUCCUUGUAUGUCAUUUAAUUUACUUCGCCAAGAGGUCUGCUGGAGUCCGUCAAAAUAAGAGCUAAAACACUCGCCAUAAAUUAUAAAUGAUCUGUUUGUUCUUUUAUUCUGAAGUCAGAGGAUGACUAGGAGUGGCAAUAAGCUGUAUUGUUUUUGCUUAAACUCUCUGAAAGAAAUGUGUAGUUAGAAUAACGCAAAUAUUGCUUUAUAUUGGGAAUUUAAUUGACGGUAAAAAUCAAACUUACUUUGAUUGUUAUUAUGAGUUGAUGUGGUUACAUUUUUUCAGUGUAUGGUUGUGUCCUCUGCACUCAAAAGGGAAGAAGAGGAUUGUACUUACUGCCAUUCUUAUUUAAGCUUGCUGUCCCAAAACAACGCACUGUUAUCAUGAAUGUAUCCUGUGUAAAGAAAUACACUCAAACACUCUCGCUUGCUAAGUCACUUAAACUGCCAAACAGAAGCAGGAAUGGACACCCACACACAUGCAGGCAUACACCGAUACACACACACAUACACACACACACACACCUCGACAACCAAAGUGCUCUCUCUUAAAUGGACUUCAAUAAUAGGCAGGGAACGCUGCUGUCUCUGGGGACAAAAGAUAGCAGGGGGCGUUGCAGAUAUCUUGACAAUAUUUCUGAGGGAAUAACUGUGAAAAUCUGGGCAUGGACUUGUUACAGAGCUGUACAUGGACUGAUCUUCACUGCUUUCAAAUAGAUCCUAGUGGACGACAGAUGAACACAAACCAACCUUAACAAGGAGAAAUGGCCAUGGUGGGAGAGCUGUUUGUGAAAUAAAUCAAGCAUAAAAAGAGAAUAAGACACGUCUUAGAGGAAUCAUAGUGGUAUGAUGGGAAAAGAGACAAGCCUACCCUUGCAUUGGAGACAAUAUCAAAAACUGUCUUUUAGCGACAUGCUGUGGCCGGAAUACUGAAUUACAUACGCUUGGAAUAUUGUAUAGUAUGCUGUUAACGAAACCUAGCUUUGUAUUGCUUAGUCUUUUCUACCAUUAUGAUUAAACGCAGUUAUAGCUGAUAUCUAAUAUUACUAAACUAUAGUAUUCUUCUCAUUCGUCAUGACAAUUAUGAUAUAUGUAUUAACAAUACGUUAAAUAAUUAUGAACAAGGAAAGUGCCGUUUGAGGUUGAAAUUAUUUUGUAAUUUUAUUUUAUCAGAGAGAAUUAAUAAAGUAUAUAUCUAUAACAUUAUA